AUGGCCGCGCUGGGAGUUCCUUCACAGCAUUAUACUGCCUUAUUCAGCCCUGUCAUCAGGCAGAGGGAAGCAAGUGUCUCAAAUAAGACAAUGUCAGCUUGUGACCAACCAUUAAGCCCACUGUGUUUCUGUUGGAAUGCACUUGAAUUUGUUUUAGAGGGGAAGUUCAGGCAUCCUUCCCUGAGAACGAGGCUCACUGAAGACACUUGAACCUACUUGAUGGGAAUUCCUUUGUAACCUGUUUUUAGAUAUUCCUAGCUAAAGAGACCAUGCUUGAGCUGAAUUUCAGCUUUCACGCAGAAAGAUGACUCACUCGGUCAGCAAGCAGGCUCCAGCAUCUUUAUAUAGGCCGCUAUAUUAUAAACAAGCCCAUUUUUAAGAGUUACUGAGCUGCGCAGCUCAAUAAGUAAACUGCAAACUGAUGCGGAUUACAAUGCAUUCUCAUGAGAGUCACAGCACUGGAAAAUGCAGCUGGGACUUUGGGAGACUGGAGAAGGGAGGGAGUUGAAAAGGAAAUGGCUUGGGUGGUGGCUGUGUGUGAAUAUGGACACUGUAAGUAGCCAGACUGGAAUCCUCCUUUGCACAGAGGGUGUCCUUUUAAACAAAAGCACUCCGGUGAGGUAAUAAAUGUUUCAUCAGGGAAGGUUAUACAAUGUGGGGUGUAGCCUCACCAGGUGCUCUGUGUUCUAGGCACUACUGUGUUGCAUUUUAAACACAUUAUUAUUAUUAUUAUUAUUAUUAUUAUUAUUAUUAUUAUAUUUUAGUAUUGUAUUUCCUCGGCUGUGCAAGCUCUGUAAGAUUCUGCUCUCCCAUCACAAGAGAUUAAGCGCCAGUGUGUUAAACUUGUGCUGAUUUUGCAAAAUCAUGCAUUUAUACAACAUGACAUCAUUAGCAAAUUAUUCUGCACAAGACACUAAAUUGAAGAGACUUCUUUUUUGCAGCAGCCUGGCAGUUCCGAAUACAAGCAAAAUGAUUCCAGGCUGUUGCAGUUCUUUAGACUCAAUCAACGCUGUCCUGAAAAUUACCAUUAUUUUUUUUAAUCUUUCAGCAGGCGCUAAAUUGUGAAGUUCUGCAAUUUUGCAUGUCACCAUUUUUUCAUUUGGGUGAAUUUGUUCCCUUGUAGGUUCAUGUGUGUUCCUGAUAUGAAGCACUUACUAAAGACUCUCAACAGCAGUAAGAACAUGGCUUUGGUAGACAGCUUUAGCUAUACCUAAAGGUCCUUCUCAAUAAUUAAAUUUCUGGAAGGAUCGUUUUUUAAAGUGAGGGAACUCUGAUCGGCCAGUGCUUCCGCCCAUGGCCUGAAGCAGCUUGCAAGAAAGUUCUGUUGUCCCUGAAAUCAUUUUCUCCACAUAUUUUAUUUGCCUCUACGUUGGUAAUUGGUGUGUGUGUGUAUAUAUAUAAUUGCCUUCCGGAUUCCAACUGCGCAGAAAGCCUCCAUCCCUUGCCAGGCUAGCUUAAUAAUAUCAGUGUGUGUUCUUAAUUCUGCCAGCCAGCACAUAGGUCCAUUGAUUUCACUGUGAAUAAACAGAACAGUUCAAUUUUUAACUGUACACACUGAACUUCAUCACAGCUAUUUACAAAAAAAAAAAAAUUAAAAAAUUACUUUAAAUGUACUGUAUUGGCUAUUUCAGUCCCAUUAGCCCUUUGGCUGGUCAAGUCUAAACUUCUGUUUCAAAGAACUACUGGUGCCAGUGCUUACUUCAAAGAUGUGCUCAGAAAGUAGAGCAAAUGUCUGAUUCCAGUGAUAAGAAAGUGUCAUAUCCAUUAGUCUAUUCAUAUCACGUACAUUCAGCUAAAUAGACUGAGCUUUCAAAAACAGCACAGAGGCCAGGAACCUUAGCUUCAGAGUCUCUGAAGUGGAAAAUCGUACACUUUACACACCUUGAUGGAGAAACAAACAGUCACCCUGAUCUAGCAAGAAAGAUCUGCACAUGUAAGUUGUCUUUACCACGUUGCCUAUGUGAAUGUGCAUUUAGAUGAGAAUAUAUAUAAUAUAUCCAUUGAAUCUUUUAAUGUCUGUGAGGCAGGGCAUUCAGUUGUUCUAUGACAAGCUGCCCACAGCUGCAGUUGGAUUGUGACCUUAAUCUCCAUUCACUUGUUCAUUUCUGGUCAUAUACAUAGCUCAGUCUCUGGAUUUCUGGUGAGAUGCGCAGUGCCUAUUUAAUAAUGCAUAUAUAUGUUUUAUGCUUAUAUUGAAUUGCUAAAAUCCAGGUUAGAAGAAAUGUAAAUUAAAAAAAAUCUUAAAAAGCAGAGACAUCACCUUGCUGACAAAGGUCCGUAUAGUUAAAGCUAUGGUUUUCCCAGUAGUGAUGUAUGGAAGUGAGAGCUGGACCAUAAAGAAGGCUGAUCGCCAAAUAAUUGAUGCUUUUGAAUUAUGGUUUUGGAGGAGACUCUUGAGAGUCCUGUGGACUGCAAGAAGAUCAAACCUAUCUAUUCUGAAGGAAAUCAGCCCUGAGUGUUCACUGGAAGGACAGAUCGUGAAGCUGAGGCUCCAAUACUUUGGCCACCUCAUGAGAAGAGAAGACUCCCUGGAAAAGACCUGAUGUUGGGAAAGAUUGAGGGCACAAGGAGAAGGGGACGACCGAGGACGAGAUGGUUGGACAGUGUUCUCGAAGCUACCAGCAUGAGUUUGACCAAACUGUGGGAGGCAGUGGAAGACAGGAGUGCCUGGCGUGCUCUGGUCCAUGGGAUCACGAAGAGUCGGACACGACUAAACGACUAAACAACAACAAAUCAAAUAUGUCCUAAAACUUCAAAUCUGGUACAGAAUUGAUCCUACAAAAGGCUUGGGGGGGGGCAGGCAUUAGCUUUGUGUUUGUUCCAUGUCAUUGAUUUCUUUCGGAUCAUGACCCCACCUAGGCUUCACGGUUCAAUUGUGCAGAUCUUGCCCUAGGUACAAUAAUUAAUUAUUACACAUCUGCACUCAGCAGAAAACUAUUUAAUUGAAUACCAGUUGCUGGCAACCACUAGAGGUGGGGUGUAGAAGGGAACAGUGCUGUUGUGCUCAAAUCCUGUUUAUGGGUUUCCCAUAGGGAUCUGCUUGAUCAGAACAAUAUGCUGGACUAGAUGGGCCAUUGGUCUGAUCCAGCAGGCUCUUCUUUGUAUGUUAAUUCUGCCCAUUCCUUUUAAGCUUAUUUAAAAAAAAUAAAGUUAAAGGAAAAGAGCUUGAAACUACAAAACACAUGCUUAACUGCACUUCAAGCUAUAAAGGCACGAAUACUACAAAAUCAACAUUUUCAGGUUCUGGAUAACGAGAAGAGAGAAAUAUUUUUUAAAAGAAAAACAAAGUGAGGCCAAAGUGUCAAUCGGGGCAGAGUUAGCAGUGGGCAUGUCAUGGUACUAUAGAGAGCACAAGUGAAAAUGGAUUUGAAUCAGAUGAGCGCAAGAUCCCACCAGCGUGUGUAUGACCCACUUCUGACAAAGUGCCGCUGGUGAUGAGUUAGGCACAGCAAGUUCUAUAGUAAAGAGGGACAAUUAUUUUCUCUACUGAGCCAACCACUCCCAGCCUCCGUCGAAAUAAAUGGGAGAGUCUUGAAGGCGCCGCAGGUUUCUUUGUUGUCUUCACUGUUUUGAACCUGAUGACUCAAUUGCAACAGAAAUGCUUAAACAUUCCUACCCAGUGCUUUGGCCGAGCUCUUCGACAGUUCCCAAACAAUUGGUGGUUGGGACUUGGGACUAAUGUAAUAAUUUGGGGUGUGAUGUUUCUCCAUGUCUGGUUUAUAACUGGGUGUUUUUUAUUUUAUUUUCUAAACAGGGCCAAAAGGGCCACAAGUCCCACUGCUGGGGGAAAGUACAUUUCAGUGCCUCUAUUCCCCACCCCCACCCCCCGAUAAGAACAUAUUGUUGUGCACCAUUGCAAUAUCCAGGCAGCGAGAGACUCCAGGGUACUUGCGCUUACUCAGGGUUUGAUUUCCUUGAAUCAAGGUCAAUGGAGACUAAGUGGACUGGUGGUUUAAAAAAUUAAAAAUUGCUACUGUAUAUACAACACAGAAGUAACAGGGGCCCUGCUCAGAUAGGUGGGAACUUUCUGCAUUCUCAGUUGGGCAGUCAGGCACACACAGGAGGUAUCCUAGGCUGAGGAAGUAUUGUUUAUUGUCAAGCUGCCCAGAAGGGCUGCUAUGCAGUUCCAGCCUGUGGGAUAACCAGCCUCAUAUAACCAACAUGCUUCAGUCUAAUUAAUGCAUGAAGGGGUUAAAACCAUAGAGUAAGCUGUCCUGUUAGGCCUAGUUCACCCUGGGAGGGACUAGGCUACCGAGCCUUUGUUUCCCCAAUCUACUUGAGAAGCUCAACAUGUGAGGAGGUCUGAGCUGGUUGCUCCAGCUUAACCACUUGGCUCUUACAAGGUUCUCCUGAAUUUAGGUUAAGGAAUUUUCACCACUGUAACUAAACCAAGUUUUACUGCCUCUGCAACUUUUUCUGAAUGCUUUCUUUAAAAACACAUGAAUCUGACUUUUGGAGCAUUUGUAAGUAAAGCAUUUUAAACUUAUUAAAGAUGUGGCCUUUUUCUAUGCUAGGGGAAGAAGGAAGUUUUUGGAAUUCACAAGGGCAUAUUUUAAAGGUCUAACAGCCUAUAGUUCCACGCUUCACUUUGCUGUAUAUUUUGUGAUUUUAAUACUAGCCCCAGACUUGGAUCUUGGCAUCCAUGAAUUCUCCUUCAAUAUCUGGUGUUUUUUUUCUUGCCACCAACACAUCCUUGGACAUGUUUGCACCCAAAGGGGAAAAUAAAAUGAUGCCACAUUCUGUCAGUAUUCUGGAAUGCACAACUAGAGAUCAGUGGCAGGAAAAUGGUGCUCACUUUAGAAUUAGCAUAAAGCCAGCACCACAGAGAUGUAGAGUACUAAGUCAGUGCCAGCCCCUAUCAGUCAUGCAGCAUGGGCAGAAGAAAUCUAAUCAGUCUAGACUGCAGAGUUUGGAAAGGCCGAAAGAAUGAUUUGCCCAGCCCCCAAAGAUCAGUUCAUUGGUAUCUGUCUGGCGUAAUCAACACAAAACCAUCGUCAGUGGAUCUCCUUAGACAAAUAAUGCAAAUAAAUGUAUUUUGUUUUCUUAACAGCUUAAGUACCGGCAUGAUGUUACUGUAUUAUGCAAACCAUAUGUUAUAUACUACAAAGUACGGUAAUUUAAAGGAUGGUGUAGCAUCUCUGAAGACGAACAGGUCUUUGUUUAAAUACAUUAUCACCAUGGCUAGGAUUCACAACGAAGGGAUUACACAGUUUGUCCUAUUCUACUGAAAGAGAGAAAGAGAGAGAGAGAGAUUUGCCAGUACUACACCACUACAACUACAACAAAACGCCUCUUUUCUAUUUCAGACAAUAAGUGUAUGUGUGUGCCUCUCACGAAGAUUGCAUCAUCGGGUCAUAUACUAUCAAAGCCUCUUUCUUUAGAUAAUUGAGGCAAUGGAUGUAUACUAAUGCAACACAGCAAACCCACUACAAAACAAGAGAUGUUGAGAGUUUCUUCCCGUUGCAAUUGUCUAGUACAAAUUGUUUUGACAUUUACAUUAAAAAACAAACAAACAAUCACACUCUUUGGGGUCAAAACGACCACACUAAUCCAUUUGGAAGCAGAACACACUGUCAGAUUGUAAAAAUGUCAGGCAAGCACCCAUUAGGCCUGGAUAACUAAUGUGCCCACCAGGAGGAUAACGUCAUGGGUGACAAUUAAUGCCAGGAGCCAGCGGCAUUGGUCGUGCCAACAGCACUAAAGACUGUGCAUUCUUAAUAAGACCUUUAAAUCUGGAUCCAAUUUUGAUGCUCAGCACUGCUGCUGUUGUUUUUAAUUAUGUCCCGUUUCAUGUUUUAAUAUGGUUUUACUAUAUGUAUUUUAUAUAUGCCGUGCAUCCUGAUCCCAGGUGUGUUUAUUCUGAAGUAAAUCCCUCUGAGUUCAAUGGGGUUUACUCCCAAACAAGUGUAUGCCGGAGUGCAUUUUAAAAAUAUUGCUAACCUGAAUCUUUGAAAUAAUAUAAUAUAAACAAAGCUGUGGGUAGGUGUGCAUUUUUAUUACUGUAAUUCUGCAACUUCAUGACUUGAUUGCACAUCCUUUCUGGAAGGCAAUUUGUUUUGAGAUCAGUGUACCUUGAGCACUAGCUGCGGUUUCUUAAGACUUGCACUGCGCUUUAGGAGGUAUUCCUAACAGAUCGCACGAGUUCCCUUGUCAAUGCUCAGGACAAUGAAAGAUGUUCAGGCCAACUACCUUAACAGUAUAAUAUACAAUUUGUGAAGGACCGCCGCGCCCAACAAUAUAGGCCCUUGAAGAAAUCCUCAGAGAAACCUCAGAAGAAACAAAGCCCCACAUCCUAAUUUCAAAAUAAAUUCAUUUGUAUAUAUUGUUAGAGGUUAAAAUAUAAAGCAAAGAGACACAUCUGGUGCAUUGUAGAGAAUACGUUUGAGAGUUUUGUUCUGCUCUACAGAUUCAUACUUUUUGAACAAUCCAUACCUUUUGCACAGCAGCAAAGGGGUUACGGACGAGGGAACCCUCGGAUAUAAGAUUACCAGGUUAAUGCGCUAGAUUGAUGAGAUAAAAAGGACUGACAAAACCCGGGACCAGGAGGAAGAGACGCUGGAUGAAGAUUGGAUUGUUUUUUUAUUUCUUUUUUAUUAUUAGGAUUGUUUUAUAAAACUGAUGAAUGUUAGAAAAAUGUUGGAACGAAAUUAUUUGGCUUUAGCAAAAAUGUUUAAAGAAUUAUGUAAGAAUAUUAUGGUUAUGAGAAGUUGGUAAAAAUAAGAUUUAAGUUUUAGGUUUUAAGGUUUUUAUAGUAAGAUAAGAUUAAAAUAGAUUAAGGUAAUGUAAUGACAGAAUAUUAUGAAAUAUGGAAAGGAUUUGCUGCGACAAUUAACAACUAGGAUACAAAAAAGGGAGGAGGAGGAGGUCAAAGAAAGAAGGUAAUGACAGUUAAGGAUUUGAGAAUAAUGGAUUUGUUUUUAAAUGUUUGUGGUAUAUUUUUGUCUUUUGAUUAAUUUGUAUUGUUUGAUGUGGUUUGGUUUUUCUUUUUCUUUUUCUACCUUGUUUUCUUUUGUAAUUCUAAAAAAUUUUCAAUAAAUAUCAUUUAAAAAAAAUAAUAAUUUUUUUUAAUUAAAAAAGGUAUUUCAACUUAAAUAGUCUGAAACCAAGGCUAUACUAGAUUUAUACUACGGUUAAGCUGGGGGGAAAUAUAUUGAUAGGCUUCUUUCAGACCAAGUGUCCCUGUUUUCCAGGGACAGCCCCAGGUUUUGAGAAGCUGUCCCAGUUUCUGAUUUGAUCCCAGAAUGUCCCACUUUUCCUUAGGACAUUAUUUUCACCAGAGAAAUGUUGGCGCCAAGAUCAGUAACUAUACAACCCAUAGAAGACAUCUGAAAGCAGCACUAUAUAGGGAAGUUUUUUUUUUAAUGUAUAUUAUUUUGUCUUUUCUAUAUGUUGGAGGACGCCCAGAGUGGCAGGGGCAACACAGUCAUAUAAAUAUUAUUAUUAUCAUUACUAUUAUUGAAUAGGAGUCCCGUUUUUUGUUGGAGAAAUGUUGGAGGGUAUUGUUCUUUCUGGGAAGUAUUGAAAUGGCAGGAGAUUGGUAUGAAUGGUGAAGCUGCCACAGAUCUUACAUAAACAUGCUCGCUCCUUGAAUUUGACUUGAGAAUUUAAGCCCAGCCUGUUUGUGUGAUCUGAAUCGUGGCCGGGUUUGAGCGACCGCCAUAAGAUUGCAAAUUCCUUCCCACUAGGAACCGCCGUUUGCGUUAGCCGGCGGCCGAAGCCGAAAGGCCCGCGAGGCAGACGCCUGUACGAGAAUACCUCGCCCGCCGUAGGCGAGGCGGCUCUUGCGCAGCAGCUCCGACGGCCAUCUUUGCUCCGGGCAAGUGGUUCCCUCAGCCUGAAGCCCUUGAAGUCCCUUCCUUGUUCAGGAUUGAAACAGAAGACCAACAACUGAAACAUGAGGCAUGUUGCCUGAGGAGCGGGGGGGGGGAGAGAGAGGACUUUACAAGCAUUUACAAGGGUGUCUUUGGGGGGGGGGGAGAGAGAAAAGGGGGAAUGCCCGUGACAAAAAUGGCGGAAACGGAACCCCAUCGACACCGAAGCGAUUGGGUGAGGAAGGGCGGGAGGACGGCGGCGGCGGCGGGCAGCCUGAAAAACGGAGGGAGUGGAGGGGAAAGAAUUCUCGCGACAUCUCACGCGAGGCCGGAAGAGGCUGCGGACGGGGAGCUUGAGCGCAGUCCGCCCGCUAGUUCAGGCCUCCCCUCAGCCCUACGUGUGCGUAGGCGUCGUCGGGCUGCUUGGCGGCUACGCACCGGAGACGGCGUAGGGGCUUUGGAGAAUCGGUAGGGCGGCGGCAUAGUAGUAGUAGCAGCAGCAGCAGCCGCAGCAGACGACGGACUGAGGGGGCGGGCAGCUCGCUCCGUGCCGCCGCGGCUGAGGGGGACGAACGCCAGCGAGAGCAGCAGCAGCAGCAGCGCCGCCGCCGCCGCCUCGGAGAGCAGCCAUGGGUGAGUCUCUAGCCCGGGCUCCUGAGGGAAGGAGGGAUGGCGGCGCCGGGUGGCGCUGAGGGCGGGCGCCUGUGACAGUUGGAGGGGCGAUGGCGGCGGCGGCGGCGGGGUCUCCCGGCCCUCCCUCAGGCGCGCCCGCCUUUCUUCCGCAGCGGGGAGGAGGAGAAGCCGCGACAUGGUGGCCGUGCCUCAAGCUUCCUGCUCGCCCUCUUGGCGGAGACGGGGAAGGUGACGCCUCGCCUCAGCGCGUCCACACCGCCCGCCUCCCGCUCCCCCUCCCAAAUCCGGUUCCUGGGGGUUUCAUUUUGGUUUAAUUUUAUUUUUGAAGAGGGGGUCCCAAGCCCCGUGCAGCAAGGUGGGGGCGAUGCCCCCUAGCCGCCAACUCCCCUAUUUUAAAAAUUUCUAUUUCAAAUCUCUCUCUUUCCUCCCAUCUUCGCCUGGAAGCCCCCCCCCCCCUCUUUUUUCCAUUUAUUUUUUACAACGCUUUCCACUCUAGCCUUAUGCAGCUCUCUCUAUCUUUCUCACCCUUGCAAGAAAUGCUGGCUGCAACCUCAUUUCUCGCUCUCGCUCUCGCUCUCACACACACACCAUUUCCUGCGUCUUAUUUUACAGCGGACUCCUUUUCUGCUGCUCCCCACCCCGCGCUUUUCCUCUUAUUCGGUUUUUUUUUAAUGCAGUAAAACGAAAAACGCUUGGGAAAAAAGAACUGCUUUCUCGUUCCUUGCAUCAUUAUCUCCCCCCCCCCCCCACGGCCUCCCCAGUUUAGUCCCCAAAUUUAGGAUGGAUGGAAUUUGAUGGGAGGAAUCGAGGAGCGCUGGAAAUAUGCAUGAAGCGAGCUGGGAGGGACCGGGGGAAAAAAGAAAUCUCAGAACAGGAAAGAAGGCAGGGCAGGAAUGAAGGUGUAUUAGUCAGAAGUGAAUGGGGCUGGACACAGUAAUAGCGUGAUGCUCCCGGUUUCUGUUAAAUAAAAGCAGCUGCAGUGUUGAAAGAUGCUUCUUUGGGAGGGAAGUAAGUGGUUUUUUUUGAAGACGGAAAGCAUGAUUUUGCUCCUGUUCUCUGGUCCCACCCUGAAAAAGCAGCUGCACAUGAAGAAGCAGUGUGCAUAUAUCAUUAUGUCCAUGGGUAUAUGUGGCCAUGUUCAAAUAUUUGAAUCUGCUGAAAGUGUGAUAAACUUAAGACCUCAGUACUGACACUCUUACUUGGGUGUAAGUUCCUUUGAAUUCUACUGCUAUAUAACUUCUGUAUAGAAGUGAUUAGGAUUGCACCGGCGAAAAUGUUUGCUUCAUUUUGCCAUCCUAAAGAUGGUUGUUUUUUAUACUCUUCUUUUCAAAGAUAUGUGUAAAAAUUUACACAUGUUAAUUUUAAAGAAAAAGACAGCUAUUUAUUGUAGGACUGAAAAAUACUGUUUCCAUAUUCAAACAGUUAUUUCAUGAUAUAGCGACUAAGCGCUUAUUUUUCCUAAACCUAAAGGUAUAAUAUUUUUACAGGUCUACGUCUUUGCUGAGAUUUCAUCUUUGAGAUAUUUAUGGGGUAUUUAUAAAUAGUUAUAUCUUAGACCUGUACUUUCAGCAGAAAAACACAAUUAUACCGUCACCCAAAUUGCUGCCAUUGAGGCUAUUUGUACAGGUGAUGCUUGAGAGAUUGUGGCUAUCAUAUCAGCAGGUAUGUUACUUCUAAGCACCUAAACAGAAGUGGAAUGUGAAACUAUGCUUGUUUGGAAGUAUUAGAGUUAAAAGGUGUUUACUCCAAAGUGGAUAAGGAUUGUCCUCUCAAGUAACUAAAUUUUGUACAGGGUUGUAGCAUGUGCCUUUAUGCCAGAAUUUUCCAUGUAGGCCAUGGGAAUAUAAUUGGGGGCUGGGUGGGAGUGGAAUGCUUUGAAGGCUAUGCAGUUAUGACGUGGUAAAUUGCUUCAGGUUUUCUUGUUAUCUAACUGCAUUUUGAGCUAUUAAAAGUUAAGCUACGGAAAAGGAUUCUCCAUGAUUGGCUUCAGAAAAUCAUAAUUUCAAGAGUAACUUUCUGUUACCUGACUUUUAGGGUUGUUCCUAGCUGUAGAAAUCACAUUUCUUAGUUUGUCCUCUGUAAUAAAUUUAGAGAUGAGAUGUUUUCAAUGCCUGUUCUUUAGCUUGAAGCUUUGCCUUCAGUGUUGCAAAAGCUGAAAACGAUUCUUAACUUUGUAGACUCAAGAGCAGUUACAAAGCAGCUCAUCUUAACUCCAUGGUUUCUAACAAAGCAAGUUUCCCUGCUGAACUCAGUUAAAAAUUAAAACACAAGCGUUGCUUAUUAUCAGUCAGCUCUGAAAAAUAACUGUAGAUAUGCUUCAUCAUUUCAGCAAGUUAGCAGGAAAUAAACAGGCAGGAAAGCCCUGGGGAAUGCUUUGGUAUUCUGAAGAAUUGGUCAUUAAUGGCAUAGCAUCACAUCUGCUUUCACAUGGCAGCUUUUAAAAUCUGGCAUACAACUUCAUUUGUUCUCAGUUUUCAGUUUGUGUGCUUACACUUUUUCAAGUUGGAAAAACAUGCACAGAUAUUCCUUGGUGUUAAAUAUACAUUGGACAGAGUGACCACAAAAGGCCUUAUUGUAAAAUGUUGCUAUCUACAGUGGUGUUGACCUAAUACUUAGCUUUCAAAUGAGAACAUUGCUCAGUUGUCCUGCUGAUCCUGUCCUACUCAAUCCAUGCCAAGUCUGGUUAAACCAGACUUUGGUAAUUUAUUACUGUGUCUUGGAUUUACACUCGGCUUGGUGGGGUGCUUCAAGGUUGUUCAGUUGGGUUACAUUUUCAAAUAUGAGCUAAGCUUGCAACUCACUUUGUUGUGGUUGCUGUACAUAUGAUUGUCAGACCCUAAAUUAAUCCAGCUAAAUUGUGUGAUUACUGGUAGCGUCGUAAAUGUGCAUACCCAUUAUGGUGUAAAGACUGUCAUGCAGUGGAAUAUGGGAUGUCCUUGAAAAGAAAUUGAAAUCUUUGGUGGUUUUGGUGCACACCAUGAGUUUAGGCACCAGGUGCUUUAUUCCUGAGAACUUUGCUCAAGGAGAAGCAGUGCCUAUUGAGCAGUUCCAAGUGGCUGAGGCAGCCAUAUACAAAAGUCCUGCCCUACCUGCAGAACUUCAGUGGCUGGCUGACUAUUUCUGGUUGUGGUUUCAGCUGAGCACUAAGAGAAGAUCAGAGACACGUGAUGGUGUGACUGUAUUGGCAUAUUUCCAAAUUUUACAUAUGGUUCAUGCCUUGUCUGAUCAUGGGAAUCCAGGCUUUCAUGUCAUAGGGAGAGGGAAAAGAAGUGCGGUGUAGUUCAGCUACUACUCUGUUCUGCUUGGACACAGAGUACCGUAACUUAAGGGAGGGGGCUUAUGGAUGAAGCCUGUAAGGCCCCACUCCUGAUUUUCUGCAACAUACUCAGUGGGCUAGAAAGCUCUGAUUCCUUUAUCCAAAGCUGCUUGUUUCAUCAAGUAUUAUACGGUACAGUACAGCUGAAAGUACUGCAUGACUUUCAGGGUUGGAAAGAUUGUAACCUUGUUGGAUUUUAACUAGUAUUGUUGGAUUUUAACUAACCAGGAGAUGCAACUUGAAACAUACUUUCCAACCAGAGAAAGACUACUGUAGUAGCUGAGGAGGUACAGCCACUUGCUUGUGAGUUUACAUUAAUGCCCUGGCAGCACAUUAAAUCUCUGCUAACAGUAAACUUGUGUGUGUGUGUGUGUGUGUGUGUGUGUGUGUAAAUAAAAUAAAAUAAAAAACCCAACCCAGUACCCAUAGCUAAUGUAGGCGAUAUAGUAAAGCCGUAGUAGCAUAAUGAAAUCCAGUUUGAACAUCUGGGGUAGCCAGUGUGGUUCCUUCCAGGUGAUGUUGAGCUGAAACACCCAUCACCUUUUGGCAGUGUGACCAGUGAUAAUGGAUGGUGGGAGCUGUAGUUGCAGCAAGAUCUGGAGGGCUUCAGGUUAGGUACGCUGGUAUAAGUCAUUAUGAAGUAGAUCUUAGAUUAUUCCCAGGAAGUCAACAAUUUAUGACUAGUAUUAGGUUACUAGAGGAUCAGACCAAGUUCUAAGUUCUUUAAGAUGUAUGUGCCUUUCAGAACAUGUUUGCCAAGAAUCACAGAAGAUGAAAGCCACGUUGAAGUUGAAUGGAUGUGUUUAGUAGAGCUCUAAAAUGUACUUUUAAGACCACAUCCUCUUCUUCAGUUUACCCACAAAGCCAAAUAACCCUAGCUUGUUUGAAAAUGUUGUGCAUUAUGCUUGUGAUAUCUGUUCUUGAAAAAAUUGUGUAAAGGUGCUGCAUUCUAAUGUAACCUUGAGGAUAGCUUCUAAGUCACUGUGAAUAACACUUGGACAUGAGCAAAAAGUUAGUAACUUUCAGCCCCAUUGGAGUUUAAAUUGUUUUCUCCAUGGCUCUGAUCCAGUUUUAACUCCUGUCUUGCUAGCACCAUGGCUUAAACCAGGGGUCAGCAACCUUUUUCAGUUGUGGGCCGGUCCACCAUCCCUCAGACCAUGUGGUGGGCCGGACUAUAUUUUGGGGAAAAAAUAAUGAACAAAUUCCUGUGCCCCACAAAAAACCCAGAGAAGCAUUUUAAAUAAAAGGACACAUUCUACUCAUGUAAAAUUAGCUGAUUGCUGGACUGUCCGUGGGAUGGAUUGAGAAGGUGAUUGGGCCGCACCCGGGCCUUAGGUUGCCUACCCCUGGCUUAAGCUGUUCACUUUCAUACAUGCAGGAAGCCUUUAUAACUUCAUGCUCGCUUGUUCUAAUUAAAACAGUAUUUUCUACUUGUUAUUUGAAUUUGAUUAUAUAUUAUUUCUGACCAGAAAAUUUAAUUGCCUAAAGUUGUCAUGACAUUAGAUAAUUGACAUGUGGGUGGCCCUGUUGACAUGUCAAAGUUGGCCUGCAGGUUGAGGGAAUAUAAAGGACUGCCUACACCAGCUAAAAAAAGAUUCCUACUUUUGACUGAUCCAUAUUGUACAAACUUGUUUGUCCUAAAUAUCUACUUGGAUUUUCCUCAGUAUUUUAGAGGAAGUGCUUGUUUUAUCUAAGACUUCUGCUACAAAGUUUCCUGACAGUUUAAUUCCCUGUAGUUUAGUCCUUGCAAAAGUCCUUGUUGAUAUGAACAGAGUUGGACUCUCAUCAGCUCCAGCCAGCAUCAUGGUUAGUGAUCAGGAACAAUGGAAGCUGUAGUCCAGGCAUGUCCAACCAGUAGAUUGGUAGAUCCCUAGCUAAUCCUGGUAGGUCGCGGGACCCUUCUUGAUUGUGGGAUUAAAUAAAGUUUACUGGAAGUUAACAAAUAAAAGCUGAAGAACUCUGGGCAAUCCUACCCCGAAAAAGCUCAAUGACUGGGCUCAAGAACUCUGGGCAAUUCUCCGCAAAAAAGCUCAACAACUCUGGGCAGUCCACGCACUCCACAAAUGCUCCUCCUCCCUCCAGUGACAAUGGGUAUAUCACUGCCAGUUUUUUUAUACUGGGAGUAGAUCACAGUCUCUUGGGAGUUGGAUGUGCCUGCGUAUAGUCCAACAACAUCUGGGGCCAUGAGGUUUGUGGUCCCUGAUCUAAAAUCUGAAUUAUACUACGAGUCAAGGAGUUGUCUUGAAGUACACUCAGGAGAGGUCAGAAUUCUAGCAUAUGUGUUUAAAAGUUCAUUGCAUGACAGGAUGGUGCCUGCUGCCUUGAAAGCGGUGGUGGUGCGACCACUCCUAAAUAAACCUGGACCCUUUGGACUGGAAUACCUGCUACAUACCUAUCACCCACUUCUUGAGGAAGGUGGUUCCAAGGCAGCUGCAAGCAUUCUUGGAUAAUCAGAUUAUUUAGAUCCAUUCCAGUCUAGGUUCAGGCCUAGCCAUGGGGCUGAAUCUUAUUUGGUUGCUCUGAUGGAUGACAUUUUCUGGUCAAGCAUGCAUCUUUAGCUUCAGCAAGUUUAUUGAAAAGUCCUUCUGGAUUCAGUGGGAUUUGUUCCCUGGCAAGUAUAGUUAGGAUUGUAGUCAUAGAAGUCUAACAUAACAAGAGUGCUGUUUUUUUCUAAUUCAAUAUAGUUUUUGUGUUUUUCCUGUGCUUGUUGAAUUGCAUUUCUGAUAGCUGUUGCACUGGUAAGUAAUUUGCAGACAGAAGAUCUGAUCAGUGAAUCAGAGCAGUAGGUAACCAAGUAAUACUGAAUUGCAUGCCACUGCGUAUCCCCCUGUCACCUUUGUUUAACUGACUGGCAUUUCUGGCUAAACUCUAUGGCCCUCUGUUGAAUUGAACAUUUAAAAACUUGGAUUAGACCCUUUCCUGUAGCAUUUUUAUUGACUGAUAUCUGCUGUAUAUGUUGAAAAGUUGUUUGUUUGAUGUGCAUUUGGGCACCUCUUAAGAUACAAGCAGAUUUUGCCUGAUGGUCGCUAAGAUCAAGGAAAAGGUUUUUGUCUGCUUAGAUACAGUUGGGCACCAUUUUGAAUCAAUUUGGUGAACUGAAUCUUUCAAAACUGCACUGAUUUCAACCACUGAUUUUAAAACUGCAUGUUGUUGUUGUUUCUUAAAACUCCUGAAGCACCAGGUACAAAGCAGAUAAUUAUUUCAUAAUACUUAAACAAGACAUAAGUAAGUUGUUGACCUGUAGUAUACAGUACUUCCUAUUUUUAUUCAUUUUUAAAAUUCUAGUUUUGAUGGCAAAAACCCCCACUAUUUUUGGUAGUCUCCAGUAUCUCAAAGUCUCAAGUAGAUUACAGCAUGAAGAUCACAUGGUAGUUAAAGCAGACUGAAUAGUGAAAUUGCUUUAAUUAAUUUUAACUCGCUGGAACUUAAAAUUGACAAAGAUUUUAUGCACUGUAGUUAGCUGGAAUGAUUUAUGAUUUAUAGAGAUAUUUGCAUACAGAAGUCACAAUAAACUUUAUCUCGCAGUGAUGGCUGGAGGCAAAAGUUUCCCACCCCCUGUAGAUCACUUUGACAAGUGAGCAGGGCUGUUCACCUGUCACAUGACAUCAGGUGAUUUGACCUCAAAAGAAGAAUUGGAAGCACACACUAAGUAUUGUCCUCAUUGUUCCUUUUCAGUUUUGCUUGACUGCAGUGAUUUUCAACCAGCGUGCUGUGGCACCCUGGGGUGCCUUGAAUGAUGGUCAAGGGUGCUGCAGGCAACACUAGCCUCUGUCCCUCUUUCCUUCCCUCCCUCCUCUUAGGUUCCCUCAUGCCUCUGCCUCCCAAAGGCUUGCACAGCUGUUUGUUGCAGCAGCCCUGGCUGCAAGCUUCCCAGGCGAAUGAUGCCUCUGGGGCUUGCCAGGGGGUGCUGUUUGCCAGGAGUUGAGGUGGCCUCAGAGUAAGCAAGCAAGCGGGCAAGGUAGCCCAGCCAGCAAGUCCGCCGGUCCUUGCUAUUGGGAAUGGACAGACAAGUGUUAGGCCAGGCAGGUAGGCAUGCACUGUCCUGGCCUUUCUUGUGCUUGCUGUGUGCAAGGCUUGCCUGGGAGCUGAGUGCCCGGUGCUGAAGGGGAGCCUUUCCACCUGGCAGCAGUUACGUCUGCUACUGCUGUCUCCCAAGGUAAGGUGCUGGCCUCACGUUCACCUUUGGCCCGUCUCUGUUAGGCCACUAAGGCUGGGGGCAUCCCAUUCCCAUGCUCCUGUUGCACAGUGUGAGGAGGCACCUCUCGUUGGGGUAGGGGGCAGCUCAGAGACUAGGGGCGGCAGCAACAGCUGCCCAGAGGACUCCCAAGGAGAGGAGAGAGGAUAGGAGGCUGAGGGCACACUCUACAAGGGAGGGUUUUCAAAAAAGGGUGAGAGGCUGCCAGCUCUACAGGCAAGGGAUGACAUAACUGGGCUCCUGAGCCCCACAGGGGUGCCGGAGAAAGAAUGUAGUGACCUAAUGUCAGGGGAAUGAUAGCUGGGCAAACUACCACAUUUACCAAAUGGAGAGAUCUGGUGGGUUUAGCCUAAACUUCAGAUUUUGCCAUCUGAAAGAUAAAGUGGAAUUCUUCGCUUUUAAGUGGUGUUAAUUGUGAGAAGAGAUCACCUUUAUCUGUAGCUUUGCAGUACAGUGUACAAGUUCAUUUCUCAGUUAAAUAUCGGAUCUUGGCUUCAUAUCCAUGCCAACCUUUCUGCACAUACAUAUAUUGCACAGUACAGUUGCAGCAUGUGCAUUUAGUAGACAUACCGUAUUUUUCGUCCCAUAGGACGCACCUAGUUUUUUUGGGGGGGGAAAUAAAGGAAAUUUUUCCCCUUUAUUCCCCCCCAAAAAAACCAGGUCGGGGAAACCAAACCAGGUCGGGGAGCUUGUGGGGCUGGCGCUUCUCCCCAGCCUUCAAACCAGGUCGAGGAACAGCGGGAUGGCGGUGCUGCGCCUCCCCGCUGUCCCCCGAGCUUGUGGGGCUUGCCAAUGUCUGUCCGAAGUGUGGGGCGCUCUGCUUCAGCGCGCCCCGCGCUCCGUGCAGCAGGCUGCUAUCCUGCAGGGCUCCCCAGGCUGCGGAUGUCUGCCCGGCGCCGGGUGCUCUGCUUCCGGGCGCCCGGCGCGCCGGACGGCAGGCUGCUAUCCCCAGGCUGCAGAUGUCUGCCCGGCACGCCGGGUGCUCUGCUUCAGGGCACCCUGCGCGCCGGGCGGCAGGCUGCUAUCCUGCAGGGCUCCCCAGGCUGCGGAUGUCUGCCCGGCGCGCCGGGUGCUCUGCUUCAGAGCGCCCGGCGCACCGGACGGCAGGCUGCUAUCCCCAGGCUGCAGAUGUCUGCCCGGCACGCCGGGUGCUCUGCUUCAGGGCACCCUGCACGCCGGGCGGCAGGCUGCUAUCCGCAGCCGGGAUGUCUGCCCGGCGCGAGGGGCGCUCUGCUUCCCCCGACCCCAGUUCCCAGAACAUGCUGCUAUCCGCAAGCCUUGCUAGCCCGGUGGCAACUCCCGCGGGCUCCCCAGGCUUGCUGAUAGCUUCCUGAAGCCUGGACUGACCCCUCUCGCUCUCCAAGCUUCAGCGAAAGCCUGUAUUCACCCCAUAGGACGCACAUAGAUUUCCCCUUCAUUUUUGGAGGGGAAAAAGUGCGUCCUAUAGGGCUAAAAAUACGGUAUUGUACAAGGCAUGGGAACUUGGCUCUUUUCAGUUGGCUAGUUUUCUCUGAUCUAGUUCACAUAAACUGACACGAUAAGAGACACACAGUGGUCCAAAGAAUAUCCUAACAGGUUAAGUUGCUGAGCCCGCUGAUCUUAUAUAUAUUUUUGCCACCUGUAUGUCAAGUACUAUGUUUAGUUCAGAGCUCAAAUUAUGAGUGCUUGUGAAUCUACCAACCAAAGAGGAACAAUUACUUCCCGUCUAAUGGGAAGACAAUGUUUUAACUGGUAUCUAUUUGCUCAUGCUUCUGAGAAGUACUAUGCACUGAAUUCACAAGUAAAUGGGCUUGCUCAGGUGUGUAUAUGAGUGUGAUAUGAAGAAAUGUCAAAAUGUGUGCUGUAUUUAAGCAUGGAAAUUGCAUACAUAGUCAUACCUUGGAAGUCGAAUGGAAUCCAGUGCGGAAGUCUGUUCAACUUCCAAAACAUUUAGAAACUAAAGUGCAGCCUCUGAUUGGUCACAGGAAGCUCCUGCAGCCAAUCGUAAGUCACGGAAGCCCCAUCGGAUGUUCGGCUUCCAAAAAUAGUUUGCAAACCGGAACACUCACUUAUGAGUUUGUGGCGUUCGGAAGUCAAAACGUUUGAGAACUAAGCUGUUCGAAAACCAAGGUACAACUGUAUAAUUCUAGUAAUUUUCUUAGCACAGCUUGAUUUAAUAGUGAGAAAAGGUUCUUUUAAUAAGCAAUAUAUUAUGCGUUUUAAGCAAGAGAUAAUAAACUGUAAUCCUAACCAGUGUAAACACUAGGAUUAGUUGUAAAUAUAUCUUAAUGGUUAUAUUGUAUAUUAAUAUUCUGUUGGAAGCCACCCAGAGUGGCUGGGAAAACCCAGCCAGAUGGGCGGGGUAUAUAUAAUAAAUUAUUAUUAUUAUUGUAGCAACCAAUAAACAGCUAGUUUUGCUUGGAAAUGUCUGAAGUACAAAUGGGACCCUUUAUUCAGUGAUGUGACUGGAAUGUGACCAAUCCUAAGUACAAUCAGCAACCACGUCACACUGGGGUUCUGUUCCUGGCCCCUGUGUGCGUUGCUGUAGCGUGUAUAAGUGCAUUACGCCCCACCUCUGUUUCACCCUUUUAGUGAUGUGUUUUGUGAUGUUCAGUUAGAAGAGGUUCCUGUGCAGAGCAGCAUGGCUACACUGGAGGCUCCUGAUCAGUGUUAGAAACUCAGUUGUGUAAGCUAAUCGCCAAAUGGCACCUUAAACCUAGAUUAUGGUCACUACUCUAGAAUACCUGACAUGUCAGCUGGGGGAAGGAAGACGUUCCCUAGCCAAACUCGUUUCCUGGCUGGAGUGAGCCAAUAAAACUCUGUGUGCAGUUUUGCUGUGGAUUAUGCAUACUAAAAUACCCACAAACACACACACUAGUUCUCUGCCGAUUGCUUUAAUGGAAAGUGUUGCUGGAAGGAAUUAGAAACUACUUCUGACAAAGAAAAUAAGCUUUGAAGGGUUAUAUGACAGCAACUUAAUAACUAUAGUAAUGUCUAUUUCAAGUUGCUAAGUAACUUCAGCUUUGUUCUAGCACUUACCUUUCCUUCUUCCAGAACAUCUGCUUAAUGUGAAGUUGAGGGAAGGAUGAAUAUAGAAAAUUAUUGGUCUCUUUUUCAUUAGAGCGGUUGUUAAAGGUCUUUGCUUCUGUAUUUUGUACUGUUUUGCCUUCCACUAAUGUUGCAAGUUCUCUGCUUCCUGUUUUUGCAUAGAUUUUCUUAAUUGAUUUGCAUGUUGUGCCGUGGAAGAGCAUAGACAUUUAUGGUUCAUUGAUGAUUCAAUGAUCAGUUUGUGAGUUCAUGUUUGUGAGACAACUUAGCCAGAGCAGAAAUGAUGUAAAUUGCUUUAGCAAACUCAGCAAGUGAAAUUUUGGAGAUCCGUAGAAUCAUCUAAAAAUGUACACCAUGCUAACAGAACAUUAAAGAUGAACAAAGUGCAACUUUAUUCCUUCCUUUUCCUGAUUUAGUUUGGUUUUGAUUUUAAUAAAACUAGGGUAACAGUGGGGGCAAGUACUACCCUUUCUCUAUUGAAUGAAGAUUUUUGAAGCAAUUAAAUGAAAAACUAAAUACAGGAGCAACAAGCAACUACUCACUAACUCAAUGCAGACGAUACAUCUAAUUCCUGGUCAGCAGUAAGUCUCUGUCAGAGGGCAAAGUAGAGAUUGAAAGGGAAUGAGUCAAGAACCUUAUUUCUCUCCCUCCUGAAGGUUCCAUUGUCACCUCUGCACCUUCCAAACCUUUUACAUUCUGCACUGGAUUUGUCCUAGCAGUUGCUGGUUUGUAAUUCAAAUAACAAAGAAAGUUGUUUGUUUUAUGGUCCUAUUUUUAGAGAAUUUUUUUCUUGACUUGAGAUGUGCUUUUCAAGGCUGAAUAAAUCCCAAGAAACUGAUUAACUGGACUUCUAGGAAUUUGAACUAGUUUUCAAGUCCUGAUAGCAUUGAGAAGUUGAAUUUUCUGCAGUAAACUAGAGGUUUGCUAGCAUAGUGACUAAUUUCAACUAAGACUACAGUGUUAUAUUGGCUUUCCUGCAAGUAAACCCCAUUGAACUCAGUGGGACUUCUAAGUAGACAUAGCACUGUGUUCUGAAGCAUUGUUUUGGAAUAAUUUAUUUUGCAACUUCUUAGUCCCAAGAGGGGUAUGGUAGGCUUCAUAGUAAGCACGUCCUUGAAAAGAAUAAAUUGUAGUUUAUUUUUAUUCAAAUAAUCAAGGUUCAUAUCUAGUGAUGUGGGAUGUAAAUUUAAUACAAGAAAAAAAUCAACAACUGAAUUGAUACAGUACUAAUCAAAUGACUAUUCCUAGGCACACACAAAUGAGCAUGUUAAUAAUUUUCAAUGCCCCUUUAAAAUUAAACUCUAAAUAACGUAUCAAGCUGUCAUGUCAUAAAGUAUUCAGUAAUUUCCAAGUGAAGCUUUGAAUCAGUGUGGAAAUGUUUCAUUCCAACUAAGUGCACUCUGAUUUCCCCCCCGAUGUAAACUACGGUAACUUAGUUUCAGUCCAACCAUUGUAAAUGUAUAUGGUAGGUUAAUCAUAGAAUCAUAGAGUUGGAAGAGACCACAAGGGCCAUCGAGUCCAACCCCCUGCCAAGCAGGAAACACCAUCAGAGCACUCCUGACAUAUGGUUGUCAAGUCUCUGCUUAAAGACCUCCAAAGAAGGAGACUCCACCACACUCCUUGGCAGCAAAUUCCACUGUCGAACAGCUCUUACUGUCAGGAAGUUCUUCCUAAUGUUUAGGUGGAAUCUUCUUUCUUGUAGUUUGGAUCCAUUGCUCCGUGUCCGCUUCUCUGGAGCAGCAGAAAACAACCUUUUCCCCUCCUCUAUGUGACAUCCUUUUAUAUAUUUGAGCAUGGCUAUCAUAUCACCCCUUAACCUCCUCUUCUCCAGGCUAAACAUGCCCAGCUCCCUUAGCCGUUCCUCAUAAGGCAUCGUUUCCAGGCCUUUGACCAUUUUGGUUGCCCUCCUCUGGACACGUUCCAGUUUGUCAGUGUCCUUCUUGAACUGUGGUGCCCAGAACUGGACACAGUACUCCAGGUGAGGCCUGACCAGAGCAGAAUACAGUGGCACUAUUACUUCCCUUGAUCUAGAUGCUAUACUCCUAUUGAUGCAGCCCAGAAUUGCAUUGGCUUUUUUAGCUGCCGUGUCACACUGUUGGCUCAUGUCAAGUUUGUGGUCAACCAAGACUCCUAGAUCCUUUUCAAAUGUACUGCUUUCAAGCCAGGUGUCACCCAUCUUGUAUUUGUGCCUCUCAUUUUUUUUGCCCAAGUGCAAUACUUUACAUUUCUCCCUGUUAAAAUUCAUCUUGUUUGUUUUGGCCCAGUUCUCUAAUCUGUCAAGGUCGUUUUGAAGUGUGAUCCUGUCCUCUGGGGUGUUAGGUUAAAUCUUGGUUGAUUUUAAAUUUCAGAAAAUAGAAAACUUUCCAGAAAACUCACAUCACUGUUCAUAUCCCUGUAUCAUCUAAAUCGCAUGAGUCAUGCUGGGAGGAAGGGGAUUAGGAGUUGAAUGUAUAGUUGAGGUUAUCACACAGGAACUUGCCAUACCUACACCAUAUAAUCUUCACUGGUCUCUGAAAUCAUCCAUUGAGGCCCAGUUUGCAUGCCUGCUGGUGGGUUUGGUCAGGCUGCUGGGAACAUGAGAACGUGGCCUUUUCUGUUGUGGCUCCUCUCCUGUUGAACACCCUUCUCUGUUUGACCCCAUGCAUUUUCAGUCUGCCUUCAGUUAGAUAGCUAGUUGGGGUUUAAAUUGACUUUGUUUAUUAAUACAAGAUUUUUUACAUGGCUAAUUCAUAUGUAGUUUUAAUGACUGAGUUGAUGAUGAUUUAUUUUUAUUGUCAGUUGCUGUUUGCAUCUCAUGAUAAAGCAUAAUCAGUGUGAACAAAAGUGUUCUGCUUUGCUCCCUCAGUACUUCUGGGGCCACAAGCCGUGUCCAAACCUGAACUCAUGGUUUCCCCCAAAGAAACUAUCAUCAUUAAGCCAAGAACAAACCUUGGUUAGCACUUGGUUGUUUGGGGAUAACUGGUUUGACACCACAAGUAAAAGUUUGUGAUUUGUUGCUCCCAGACUAGGCAGGAGUGGGGAAGGACCUACGGUGGUGCAUGCUGCUUGUUUGUGUUAAGACGUAAUUCAGCCUUCAUUCUAGUUUUGAAGUGAUGUGUGGUUUAGUCAGAUAGUUACUUCAGAUUGGAAGAUCUCAACAGAAAUCACAAGAAGCCUUGUGACCAAUUGAGGAAGGCCUUAGGACUUUCAGAAGUAGACCAUUUUGUUGGUUGUCUAGGCAACCAACUGAUCUGCUUUUUCAGGCACUUUGGGAAAUGUUGGACUUGACUUUAGGCAAGAUGACAACAUUUUAACUCUGCAAGCUAGGUUUCCUUAUUUCCGGUUGUAGCAGCUAACUUUGUUUACUCGCUGCUAUUCGUUGCUCAAAUGAUAGAACUGUUAGAAACUUGGCAGGUGUUUCUUUUAUAGUUUGGAAAAUUGAAAUAAAAAUACUGUUUCACCUUCCUGGUCUUAAUUUGCUGCUGCUGCUGUAGAAUUUUUAAGCUGGUGAAGGCUUUAUGACUAUGGACCAGUUACAUGUGCAUAAACAGCAUACUUCAUGUGCUGCACAUAUGGAGAAAUUGAGAGUUCUGUAAACAUAGGCUCUCUGUUGCUGAGGUGUACAAGCAUUUUGUCUCAAGUUCACAGCUGAAGCACAGGCUUGGAGAGAUGGAUGAAUAUACAUGCUCACUCAUUCUAAAAUGCAUAUGAAAUGUGUUAUUUCCUUAAGCUUGAUGUAGACUUAAGUAGUGAGAGGAAAUGGAUAAAUGUUGGUCCAACUACAGUGGUGCCUCGCAAGACGAAAAGAAUCCGUUCUGCGAGUCUCUUCGUCUUGCGGGUUUUUUCGUCCAGCGAAGCAAGCCCAUUAGCGGUUUAGCGGAUUAGCGCUACAGUAUUAGCGGCAUAGCGGGCUUAGCGGAUCAGCUGAUAAGCGGAUUAGCGAUCAGCUGUUAAGCGGCUUAACGAUCAGCUGAUAAGCGGUUUAGCGGCUUGGGAAAAAGGGGGGGGAAAGGAAAAAAACCCCGCAGGAACUCGCAAGACAUUUUCGUCUUGCGAAGCAAGCACAUAGGAAAUUCGUUUUGCGAAGCACCUCCAAAACGGAAAACCCUUUCGUCUAGCGGGUUUUCCGUCUUGCGAGGCAUUCGUCUUGCAGGGCACCACUGUACCUAGAAGAUGCUUGUGGCAUCCCUUUGACCACUAUAUGUGGAGGUAGUGUGAUGCAAACCAAGUAGCUGGCUAAUAUAGGGCCAUUCAGAAGCAGCAUAUUUAAGAAGUUCUCCGUUUGGGCUUUAUUGUGGGCUUAUAUUAACUAAGUUCUCCAUUUGGGCUUUAUUGUGGGAAAAGCUUGGCAGCCAAACACAAGGGCUAUGUGUAGGAGUCAAUAGAUGGAAAGGGUUGAAUGAGUUGCCAGUAGAGGAUGCAGUUUGACUUGCUUGUCAGGGUUUACGAGACUGGUACAGGGUUAUGUAUAUUCAUCUGGCAUCAUAUUUAUGAUCUUCUUAUAAUGUGCAGGUUGUUCUUUCAGUCUGUUUCCAUAUUUAAUUUUUAAGGAAUAUUAUGACUGUUAUGGGAUUCUUCAUACUGCACUUUUAUGUUUAAGGAACCGAACUAUACAAAAUGUACCUAUUACAUUGUAUGUUACCAUGAUCAAACUAGUGAAACAAAGUACUAGAAAGCUCAUGAGAAUUUCCAGUGAAUAGCAUACAGAAUCAUCUGGAGCAUCACAGAAAGCUAUGAUAGCUGUAACAUUGACUAUUUGUCUUUGCCCUGCAGCAGUUUGAUCUUACCAAUCCCUUUAUUGUUUUUUAUUAUUUAUUAAAAGCACUGCUCAUCUUGGGGAGCUGUACAACAAUCUCAAAAUGCAUCAGGGUGGAUAAAAAUCAAUGAUUUAAAAAUGAAAUAAAAACCAGAUUUUAAAAAAGAAAUUAAAUUGGAUUUUUAAAAUAAAAUGCUUUUGGAGGAAAAAUAUUUCCAAAGAUAGUUUUCUAUUUAAGUGACAUUAUAGUCCAAAGGCUAUUCAUCAGGAAAUAAGGUUUUGUUUUAAGUUUUUCAAUUGUUUAACCACAUUGGUUAACAAACAUGGAUCAAUAUGUUACUGUUUUAGUUAAAUAAAUUGUUUAAAUUGUUACGAAGGCAAUGAUUAUUUUUCUCCUUCCAAUCAAAUACAGCAGAAAAGUUAUCCAAAUACAGUUCUUAAACCUCACCAUAAUUUCAUAAUUAUCUGUCUAUGUGUUUCUAAUAGCAUAACCAAAUCAGUAUUUUUUAUAUAACUGUAAAAACUACUCUGAAAAUUUAAUAUUCUAAAAACAAAACCUUCCUCUGGUUGUAAAUAUGAAGAUUAUACCAGCAAGAACAAGUCUUUCUGGGGAAAAAAGGGGGGGAAAGAUUUAAAUCAAGUCUUACUGACUAGUGAUUUAAAUCAAGUCUGACUGACUAGUGAUUUAAAUUGUGAUUUAAAUUGAUUUGUUUUAAAUCAAACCACCCUGAAAUUCAUGCCAAAACAUUAGAAUACAGGGAGAAAGGGCAGAGUUGAAUUAUAACACACCAGCUGGAUAGCUUAGUUGGUUAGAGUGUUGUGUUGCUAACACAAAGGUUGCAGGUUUGAUCCCCAUAUGGGACAGCUGCAUAUUCCUGCAUUUCAGGCGGUUGGACUAGAUGAUCCUCAGCAUCCUUUCCAGCUCUAUAAUUCUAUGAUUAAUGAAGACUAGGGAGCACAAUGUGUUUUAAAAGACACUUAAACAUCAUUAAUGUGGAUUGUCUCAGAAGUUCUUGGGGAAGGUAGUUGAAGUUUCAUAGGAAAUACCCUUCCUCUAGUGGUUGCUAGUUAUACUUCCAUAGGCUGCAACAUGACCUGGAGAGCUUAUAAUAGUAGUGAUUGUGUAAAUCAGCAGGAACAAAGGCACCAUUUCAGGUAUCCUUGUCUGAAGUUGUUUUAUGUUGAUCUUACAUAAAUUGUUGACUUGUGUUCAUUGAAUGUCAUCCGAGGAUUCCCCCUUAAGGUCUGGUGCCACAGAGUACCUGCAAACUUUUUUCACUGGGUGAAUCCUAGGAAGAAAAAUGGCACAAAUAAUAUUUUUAUCAUAAUAUAAUUACUGAUUUGGCAUUUGUGAUGACUGCAUGCCAUUAAAAACCUUCACUGGGCGUUUUUAAACAGAAGUUGGAUGGCCAUCAGGGAUUAUUUAACUGACUUCCGCAUUGCAGGGAGAUAGAAUAGAUAACCCUUUGAGUAUCUUCCAACUCUACAAUUCUAUAAUUUUCUUGUUUGUAACCCUCUUGCAACAGAUCUAGAACUGUGCACAAAUACAUAUUUUGUACUAGUAGUUUAGGUACCAGAUAAUGUACUAAAAACAGAGUAUAGCUAACUGUGGUCUGAACAAUUGUAAGUAACUCUUCUUUUCCUCUCUUUCUUCUUUAUGAAAAUCUGCACCUGCCUGAUAUUGCUGAACUGCUGGAAUUCAUCACCUACUAUGACUUUUGGCUGUGUCUUGUCUAUAUCUGGAUGGUUGGAAUGAUGGAAACACAUUGUUUACAAAGUAGCUGUAAGUAUCUUGAUUUUUCAAGCAACUGUUUGCAGCCCAUUCUCCUUCAUUUAUGCCUUUGUUACAAGGGAUCCAAAUGGAUUUUCCCAAGGUAGCUAUUCUUUGUAAAGGUAUUGCCUUUCUCCAGCACUCAGACAACAUAUCUGUCUCUUAGAAAACCUUACUUUCCCCCUUUCCUACCCCUUCAGUAUGUCUGUUUCUAUGAUGCUAUGUAGAAGUGCUACUGGGCACCUAUUGGCUAAUAUCAAUGAUAUUACUCGUGAAAAGUGACAUUACUUUACCCACACCUAUUAUUUUUAAUAGUCUGUACUUUAAAAAAAAAAAACUUGAGGCAGGUGAUAGUGUCAUCUUACAUGCUUAUUGGGUCUAAAAUUUCCCAGAAAAUAUUCCAUUUCUGAAAAUGUAUUUUUCAUAAAACUUAAUAAAUGGGCAUGAUAACAUUAGAUAGUUUCAAAGUUGCAGUUAUAUUGAAGCCUUCUUCAUUUGUUCCAUCAACAAAAGGAGAUAGAAUUACAGGGUUUUCCCGCCACCCUCAACCACUGUGCUUCUGCUGCCCCUUCACCUCAACAUUUAUAGAGGGUUUGUACCUGCAGAGAGAAACUUGCGUACAACUGUGGUGGCUAAUACAUGCAUAGUAUUCUAGAUACCAUUAUCUAGAUACCAUUUUGUUUGAUAUGUGGAAGUCGAGGGCAGAGCCAGCGGGUAUAGUCCUGCUCCCCCUCCCCACGUUAUGUGGACAGAUCAAGAUAAAUAUCAAGACCAAAUAAAAGUCAUAUUCAAUUAUAUCUAAUAAUAAUCACUUCAGGUGUAGUAAGCUUAAUACCUUAAUAGUUUUUAGUGCACUUUAUUUUUUCCUAAUUGAACCUUUCAGUUCAAAUAUAUUUUGGCUGCUGGAAACUUUUGUAAAAUCAACACAACAUAUUUCUUUGGUUUUCAUUUGCUAAUGUAAGUCGAGUUAGCAUCUCAUUAUAUUUAGGACAUUGGAAUUACCUUAUGUACUUGGUUAUCUGUAAGAGAUUCUUACUUGCUGUGAGUGGCCUGCCAGUGAGGUUAAAACCCAAUUACUGCUGUUCAUUCCAUCACAUACUCCUGUGCUUCUUUUUAAAGUUUUCCUCUAGUCUAUGAAAGUUGUACAGUCCUCAAAAAAAUAUAGAGAGAAAAAACCCCUCUUCCUCCCCUUUCAAGAAAGAGAACAGGAUAGUUCCUUUUCAGCAAUUUUAAUCCUGCUUUCCAUUAAAUGGGGAUGAGAAGUUGUAUUGCUGCUGCCAGCAUGAGAAUAAGUGAUGAGGUAUAGUUCUGUAUUGUGUGAAAAAGCUGAUCCAAUUGACAGCUCCUGCUUUAUGUAUUAAAAAAUAAUCUUGAGCUGGCAUUGUAAAGGCUUUCUGGAGAACAAAAUGCUUUAAGGAAAUGUUAGCAAACAGAGCUUUGUUAACUUCUGAAUUUUAUUUCUUCAAUCUAAAAUAACAGUUAAAUAGAUAGUAGGAAGCCAUAACUAUGCUGUUCCACCCACUGUUUUUAAACCACACAGCUGAGACUCUCCUAGUUCUUCCUAAAAUGAGAGCUGGCUCACAACAAGCAGUUGUAGCCAAUCACCUGGCCCUGGGCAACUGCUACGCUUUUCUGAAGCAUUUGCCAGAGCCAGUCAAAUGACGGAGCCACAAAUUUUUUACAGAUGGCUGAAGUUCUCUGCCUAUUGCAGAUGAUAGAAUGAGCGGUAUCUGAAAAUAUGCAUUCCCAGCAGGGAAUAACCUUCCAAGUCAUUGCUGUUUGCUUCUGGGGUCAGUCAGUAUGUUCAUGCCAUGAACAGAAGUGUCAUGAGUCCUGAAUGCCUUUGCAUUGUGUAUUUAGAUUUUCAAAAAUUAUGUGAUUGACUAAAAAUAUUUACAAGGAGUAGGGAGGAGUGUGUAUACAAGUUGAGAUGCUGGGAAGGCACUAUCUUUUUGUAACUAACACGUAGAAUAAGCACUACAACAGUUGUCCAUAGUCAGUAUGAAAUUAUAAUUGUCCUAGACGAUAAUAUGAAUUUAUAUAUUUUUAUCUUAGCAACAGAAGAACCUUGAAGGAUAUGUGGGGUUUGCAAAUCUCCCCAAUCAAGUUUAUAGAAAGUCAGUGAAGAGAGGCUUUGAAUUCACGCUCAUGGUUGUAGGUAAGUUGUACUUUAGCACGUGUCAAAUGGUGACUGCCUUCUUUAUUAAAAAAUAAUAGAUAAUAAAUUGAUUUACAUAUUAACAAAUUGCCUGUGUCAUAGUUUAAAUUCCACUUUGGACGUUCAUUGCUUUGAGCAUGCAAAGAAAGAAAGUUUGAAUGUGGUUACAGUGUGUAUUGCAAGGUUUGAAAAUGCUUGCCCUGCUCUUAGCAAGUGGCACGAGGCAUUCAGGUUGUGAUGAUUUCAAGGUUUAGAUUUUUGCGGAAGGGAGAAGUUGAGUUGAAAAGCUUUGAGCAGACAUUUAUUUGAAUCUUUAUAAUGUUUGUUUGUUUGUUUGUUUAUUGCCUGCUCUUAACCCUAAGGUCUCAUGAAAACAUAAUAUUAAAAAGAGCUUGCAACAACUUGCCAUCAUAAAAUUAAGAUGGGUUCUGUAAAUUUACACCUCAAAUGUCAAAGGCCUGGGUAAAGAGGUACAUCUUUAGCAUUCUGUGGAAGCUGUACAAUGAAGGUGCCAGGUUCUCUGUGGUGAGGGAGUUCCACAGCUUAGUGGCUGCCACUAAGAAUGCCCUCUCCCAGGUCACUGCCGAGCCUUUGAGGGUGGAGCAACUACCAAGAAGAAGUCCCCUGCUGAUUCCAGUUUUCAAGAGGGUCUGAAGGGAAGGAGGUGGUCUUUCUGAUAUUUGGAGCCUGAGUUGUUUAGGGGUUUAAACACCAACAUGAACACUUCAAUUGGGCCUGAAAAUGAUGUGGCAAGCAGUGCAGUUGUUUUAAACCAGGGGUUCUAUGAGAUAUUAGUGGGACCCCGGGAAAUAAUCUGGCUUCCAAGUUGUCUUCAAGGGCAUCCCAACAUAGAGCACAUUGCAGUAAUCCAAUCUGGAAGCUAUCCGAGCAUGCAAAGGAAGGGAAAACAUUGUUUCAUUCUGGUUUGGUUCAUGUGUCACACUAAGCCAAACCAGUUUGUGGCAAAUCUAGAGAGAGCUUAACCACAAGGCUGGGUUUGGAUAAAGGUUGGCUUAGCUCAGCAUGGGGUGGCAGCAGAAAGAACAAAGAAGGAACCAAGUGGUUGCAAGCUCCUCUCUGGGAACCCACAUGCUUGUGUAGCACCACUAAGCUACGAGAAUCUUUUCGGCUCCAAAUGCCCUGCCCAUGUAUUGGCAACUACACCAUUGUAACGUGAUUGAGAGGUGGGCAGACCCGCCUACCUCUCAAAUUGCUUAUGUGGGGUUUCCACAUACCUGACAACUAGCUUCAAAGCCCUUUGCUGUUUGCAGAGGUAUUUAAGGCAGCCCCCACACCCUUAGAGUCUCUGGAGGCUGAAACAGGAGCAUGGGGGUUAUAUUAAAGCCUUUUGCAAAAGCACUCUUUAAAGCAGAUCUGCACUUCUCUUUUAAGCAGAGUGGGUGCUUGAGACGAGGCGUUACUCACUCACUCAUUUAAAGGAGAAGCGCAGGGCUGCUUCUAAUUUCACUUUUGAUGAGUGGGGAUUAAAUCCUGUUGCCUUGGCUGCACAGUCCUGUUCUUGAUGGGCAGCUGAAUGUGGUUUGGGGGAAACAGCAUUGUAGGCUGAAGUGGACCCACAGGCGAUUUGCAGACCACAGGUUCCCCACCCAUAUACUAGGCCAUAAUUUGGCUUAGCAGGACAUGUGAACCAGGCCAAUAAUGGCUCUGUAUUCACUUCAAGUAUAUUUCAAGUAUACAAUAUUACAAUUUAUAUGGGUGGUGUAGGCUGUCACUUACUACCUGACAGCAGGCAUUCAAUGCUGUAGAGGGUAUUAAAACCUCAAAAUGACAUGGCUGAAUGUUGUUUCAUGAACAAACAUCAUAGAGGACUUGCUCAAGUGCUUUUCAUCAGGGCAUUGAAAUGGACAAUUCCGUUUUUCCAAAGUGGUGAAUAAAUGGCAAAAUUGCAACUUUUCAUUGCAUAUAAUCUUGCUAUGAAUUUCAGUUACAAGAGUUUGGUGUUAAAACUACUUUAAAUCCACUUUUCUUCUGUUUGUGAAUAAGUUCCCUGAUCUGACUGGCUGUUGUCCAUGCAUAAAAGAUGCAUGAAAUGUUGAUUGUAGGUUUGCCAAGAAUUUCUUCAUCUGUGCCAGUUGUCCUGCGCUCAUUAUUGGUUGCCUAGAUGGCUGCAUUUAGUUUCUGUAAAAAUUGUUAAUUUAUAUUCAUUCAGAAGCUGGAGUAGUUUUACUUGGAUCACUUUCUUCAGGCUUUUCUGGUUAGGGGUGUGAACUUCCUGCAUUUCAAUUUCUCAAACUAGAGCAGAGAAAGGAUUGUGAUGGAGGCAAAGGUCAGCUAAAAUGUCUGUGUGCAAAAGAACUGUAGUGGAGCCAAAUAACUUGUUCAGAUGUUUUAUCUAGAAAAGCUGCAUAUUAUCACUCUCUGUAGUUGUCGAACUGCAUUCUUCAGUUUGUUAAUAAAUGUACUUCCAGUUACUGUAUUUGAAAUACAUAACAUUGGUGGCUUUUUAACAUUGAUUUUAAACAUUAAAGCUGGUCAGUUCCAUACAUUGUUUGGCGCCUUAACUAAAUUAUUUCUUUAGCAUCACUUUUUUAUUGAGCAGCUUAGGCUCUCUUAUGCACAUAGUACGUGUGUGGCAUAAGCUUAUCUAAUAGUGUACGUUUUUAAAAGUUUAAUGCUGUGGUUCUCAGUUUUGGGAUGGGCACUUCUUGCCAGUGUUUCAGAUAUUCCAAGGAAGGAUUGGCUCCUGAUUCAAAUGGAUUAUAUUCCUCUUGUUUCCUGCCCUCACUUUCUCAAACACUUGGCUGAAUUGGAACACCCAUUACUGGGAACAGUGGAUUUGUAGGGAUAACUGUUCUCACUACCCAUCACCCCAGUAUAUCUUAGGAAAUGCUGUUGCUUUGUUCUGAUGGGGUUGGGUUUUUUUAGCUGACCUAGAGGAAUGCACUGGAAGUUACAUAGAAGAGAAUGGAACUGGUGUCGGUAAAUGAAUGAUGGUGUUUCUUGGGAGCUGUCUGAUGAGAAGAUGUAGGCAUAAUAUGUUAGUAAAUCAUUUGCUGCCUCUACUUAUGCAAAGUGCCAUGCAGAGCCACAUUCCCCAUGUAAUGCAUGACUUGCUGAGUCUGGGAUCUCUCUGCCUUUUGGUUACUCACCCCACAAUGAUGUGUGAAAUUGCCUCCCCACCCCACCCCCCAAAAAAACCCCUGCUCUUGUUUAAACUCUGUAGUCAGAAGUUUUCAGUGUGAUAUAUGGGUCUGUCUUAUCUACUUUGAAUUGAUUUAAGCUGAUAUUGUCACUCAAACUGGAGGAAUGGAGACUUGCAAAUGAAUGCAAGCAGAACUAGUUCCCAACCUGGCUAUUGAAAACCAUUGGGGAAUAGUGGUACAUGACCCCAGUCAAGCUUGCAAAAAUUUAUCAUUUGCCCGAUAACAAAUGUUGGAAAUGUAAAGAAACUGAAGGUACAUUCUUUCACCUUUGGUGGAAAUGCCCAAGGAUUAAGGCUUUCUGGGAAAUGAUAUAUAAUGAACUGAAAAAGGUACUUAAAUAUACCUUCUUGAAGAAACCAGAGGCCUUUCUCCUGGGCAUAGUCGGUCAAUUGGUGCCAAAGAAGGAUAGAACCUUUUUUAUGUAUGCUACAACAGCAGCAAGAAUACUCAUUGCAAAGUAUUGGAAGACACAAGAUCUACCCACUCUGGAAGAAUGGCAGAUGAAGCUGAUGGACUAUAUGGAACUGGCAGAAAUGACUGGCAGAAUCCGAGACCAGGGAGAAGAGUCGGUGGAAGAAGAUUGGAAGAAGUUCAAAGAUUAUCUACAGAAAUAUUGUAAAAUUAAUGAAUGUUAGAAUGAUGUUGGAUAGAAAUUAAGUGGUUUCUAGCUGUAAUGCUUUAAGGGAAUAUGAAAAAGGGGUUGUUAAGAGGUAAAAAUCUAAUGUUACUAUUUUAAGACCAAAGAUUAGGAUAAACAAAGAGGGUAAGGAUUUGCUGAACCAACAAACUGAACUGGAAAACAAAAAGGGAGGUAUGAGGAGGUCCGGGAAACAAGCUAAAGAAAAAUAAGCAAUGGAAAAUCUGAGUGUUUUUAAUCAUUUUUAUUUUGUUUUUUUUUUUCUUUCUCAUUUUUUAUUAUAAUAUCUUAAAAAAAAUCCUAAUAAAUAUCUUAUAAAAAAAAAAGAAAACCAUUGGGGAAUAUAGGCAACUCCCCACUCACACAUGAAUGUGCGCACGUGCCAUUUUUGGAUCUGAAAGUGGGUAGGGACCUCCGGAAUGGGGUGGAACGGGGGAAUCCCCACUCCCAUGCAUCCUGGUGACGUUCACAGUGGUUGGGAACGGAACCCCAGCGUAAGUGGCUAUUCCCCUGUAAUUAGAUUUUUAAAAUAGUGUUUUCUUUAGAGAUGUCAGGAUGUUAAAAUUGCCUCAGACAGGUCGUUAUUGUGCCUCUGCCUUAAAAGAAAAAUCACAGUAUUUCAUACUAUUGUUCAUAUAGAAAUGAAACUUGCCCAAGGGAUAGUUAUUUGUUGGAAUGUCCUUGAGUGCUUCCUACUUAUUCUUGGACAGUUUCUUAGAUGAUGAUAAUUUAGUGAGCUUCCACUCUUCACAUGUUCCUGUGAUUCUCUUGUUUGUGGAGGUCUGCAGGAUUAUGUCCUGUUCUGUUCCUUCCUACCCCAUCCCUUCUUCAAGGGUUUGCUGCGAGGAAGAAUGGUGCAGGUUUUCCAGUGGAGUAGCUGGAGUUAUACAUGAUGGAAGGACAAAUCUGUGGGACAGUUGUAAAGGAACAUUAAAGUCAUUAGUACAACUUGAGAUUCAUGGGGAAUGACAAUUUUCUGAAGUUAACCUAUUUCAGCUAAGUUAAUGGUUUCCUUGUGGUGUGCAGGUGUUCACUCAUUCUAAAAUUGUGAGAUAGUUAUGUUGCAUUGUUGUAACUGGCAGCCAAUUGAAUUGCUAUUCUUGUUUUAAGAAACAAACAAAACAUUCAUCACUUUACCAAAUGCAAUGGAGAGAAAUUAGAUGCUUGGCUCUUAGUUAUUUCAUUAAAAUAUAUACACCACUUGAUUGUAAAAAAAAAAAACCCUCAAAGCGGUUUACAAAAAGAUAAAACAAUAAAACUGAGAAACAUUCUUACUUUAAAACAUACAAAAGUUAAAAUACUAAAACAAAUUAAAAUUGCCUCAACUUUCUAAGCAUCUGGGUAGGUUUGUCUAAACAAGAAUGUUUUUAGCAGGUACCGGAGAGUACAGUGAAGGUGCUUGCUUGAUCUCAAGAGGCAGGGAGCUCCAAGGUGCAGGUGCUGCCACAAUUUCACAAUUUAAUUCUUACAAAUGUGGAAACAGUUGAGUGGGCAUGUGGGGUAGGGUGAUCUUGUAGGUAAACCGGUCCCAAGUUGUUAAGGUUUUUUUUUGCUAAUACUAACAAUUUGAAUGUGGCAACUAGUCCUGAUCUCUGAACAAAGGUGUUAUACACUGACGAGGCCUUGCUCCUGUCCUCACGUGCUAGUACUGUUAACCAGUUGUAUUUUAUAUAAAGCGUAUGCAGCAAAUGUGAUAAACGGUUCAGUACUAUAACUUGUGCAAAAUUUCGGAUUUUGUGACUGCAAACGUUCCAGUCAUGCAGUAGACACCCAAAAGCAGAGCUGAAAUCUAGCUUGAUAGAACACACUCAAAAACAGGGAGCAACCAUUUUAGGCGUGUCCAAUUGACAUGUGGAUCCUUUUGGACCCGGAAUAAGGCAGAAUGUGGGACAGAAUGUGCUUAUACGUGCUCUACCGAUGUGCGGGGGCCGGGAAUGGCACCACUGUGUGAAAUGUUCACUGCCUAUACUAUCUCAAAUACAGCUGCACUCUUUCAGCUAUAUAUUGUAAGUCUAACUUCAUACGAUUUGCUUUCUAGUAAGUUUCAAUCCAAAUUCUAAUUAAUUCAUAAGAUGUUCUUUUAAAAAGGUGGCUAAUCUAAUACAAGUGUACAUUUUUUCUCUAACAGGCAGUGGGAAAUUAUAUAGUGUCCACAAAAGCAUAGGUUUGUUCAAAGAGUAAUUCUGUAAUUGCAGUGCAAGUCAUCUUGCUCCAUAAUUAAAGAAAUUUACCAAUCUAAAAACAAACUAUGUUAACCAGUGUAUAUAUAACACUUAAAACCUACUUCAAAUUUUUAUAUAGCAGCAACUGUGUUUACAUUGGCCAACAAAUUACAAGUGUGAACUGCUUUUGAGGAUUUGCACUUGUAGCUUAAAAAUGUAUUUUUUUAGGUGCAAACACACUCUUAAGGUAUGGUUGCUAUUCUACAUGAGUUGUAGAAAAUCAAAUCAACCUGUCUAACCAGUUUAGUGGAACAGUUCCAGUGAGCAGCAGCAGAAGAGACUUCUGAAAAUAUCGCAGCUUUCCCCAUGUGGAAAAAGUUCUGGGAAUAGCCUGGAUCAUACUUGAAAUUAGUAUACUGUUGGAAGGCAUUCAUUGAUAGGUUGCUUGAAGGGACAGGGAAUGGGUAUCUUCACAGCUGGAUAAGUGUUUCAGGCUUUGCUUCACUUGAGACUGACACUGAUCUUUUGGCUUCUUAUAUACAAUCAUAUCCCAAGCAAUCUCACUGCAUCCAGUAGGCAAGUAAACAUGAAUUUAAUUUAAGGGACAGUAGCUGGCCUUACUGUUGCUAGUUUAAGGUAUGCUGCCCAGAAUAUUAGUAAACAUUUUAUAUGAGGCUUGCAUUGGAUAACUUGAAACUUUACUUUCUCAAACAAGGCUUUCUGCUGACUCAGCAGAUUUAGGCAGCUCGCAGUACGUAGGAAAGCCUAAAAGAUGUUUGUAGAAUUGCUACAUAAAUAGUGCUGACUGGUGCAUAUCUAACUCAAAUUCCAAAAAGGACGUUGUUUUUGUUUUUAUUCCCUUACUAUAGCCUAGCAAGGGAUGCGGGUGGCACUGUGGUCUAAACCACAGAUCCUAGGGCUUGCCGAUCAGAAGGUUGGCAGUUCGAAUCCCCGUGACGGGGUGAGCUCCCGUUGUUUGGCCCCACCUUCUGCCCACCUAGCAGUUCGAAAGCACAUCAAGUGCAAGUAGAUAAAUAGGUACCGCUCCGGUGGGAAGGUAAACGACGUUUCCAUGCGCUUCUCUGGUUCACCAGAAGCGGCUUAGUCAUGCUGGCCACAUGACCCGGAAGCUGUUUGCAGACAAACGCUGGCUCCCUCGGCCUAUAGAGCGAGAUGAGCAUUGCAAACCCAGAGUCGUCCGCGACUGGACCUAACAGUCAGGGGUACCUUUAACUUUAUAGCCUAGCAAACUGUGCAUGGUAGGUAACCUGGUUGCCAAAGCAGUUGAGGCUCCAUGGGCCUGUGACUUUAACCUCUCUCCAAUGAUCCAUCUGAGGCUUUAAGUUUUAUAUCUGAAAACAAAUCUCUAGAUUUGGGCCUCUAACCUCUGUGAUCAAAGCCAUAAAAGGAUGACUUGUACAGAAAUUGGCCAGUCAAAAUGUCAAGUUAGUGGCUUCUUCAGGUCAGUGUCAGUGCAGAUUGCUCUUUGCCCUGACUUCUAAUGACUUAGAAGAAUCUAGGGAAGGAAGCCUACACCUCUCAACAAGAUGCAUUGUUUCUUUCUGACUUGCUUUCAUUUACUUAAUAUCCUAACACCUGGCAAUACAUCUCCAUCUCAAUCAGCAUGACCCCCUUCUUUGCUAGGAGUGCUGAAUGCAAAGGACUACCCCAUUCCAGUGGCCCAGUAAGCAGGCUUGGAGUUUGCACACACACUCACUUUAUAUUAGAAAUGCAACAUAUUUUAGAGAAGAGAUAUAUUGUUCCUAACCUUGAGGCUUUGUUGUUGUUCUUACUGGCACACAAAAUACUGGUUCUGCUACGCUCCUACUGUGUAUUUAAAUCAGGAGCCACCUGAUUUUUGAGCCCACAGACACAUUUAUAAACCGGAAAAAUAUUGUGGGCACCAAAUGUGUUCUCCCUUCCCCAUCUGUAACCUCCCUGUAAUCACCCCUCAACAUCAAAAUCAGGCUUGAAAAAUGCCGUCUAUUGAUUAUAGCUUGGUAACAAUAGGCAAGAAGGAAUUGCAUGCAUAUGAGAGGGGCAGCUAGAGGAAGUUCAGAAAGGUAUGUUGCAGGAGGGAUAGGGCUUUUAGUCGUCCUUCUGACAGCCGCUAACUAGUAAAAACAUUUUUGCAUGCUGGGAACUUUUAUUGACUUAUUUGCAAGGCGAGUCAUCCUUUUCCUGUUGAUUGGAAUUUUAAAACUAGGGGGAUCUGGAAUCUGAUGUUCAGAUGAUGUCUGGAACUCAUGGAUCUUGUUAAAGAUAAAAUUCAAAAAUCUCCCUUCCCUUGCUUCAAAAGAUGAGAAAGAAGCAAGAGUACAUCAGUUAUCCACAAAGGCCCGCGCCAUAGAUGCCAUAGCAACUGCCCUAGCUUGAGAGGCUGAGGUAGUUCAUAAAAUUUACUAUUGUAAACAUGCAGGAAGCUGGGCAAAUUGCUUGGGGGGUGGGAGGGACCAAUUAUCACUGCUAAUCAGAGCCAGUAGGGAUUCUACAUUAUAAACAAAGGGAAAGUGAGCAGGAAAGUCUGUUACCACAUCAUUAUCAGUAUCAUCUGGAAUUGGAUAUUGCAACUGGCUAACAGGAAAUAAACAUGGGCUUCAAAACUAGAGGACCUCUGUUUAUAUAGAAACAAUAAGGCUGCAGUCCCAAUCCCACUUAUCUGGGAGUAAGCCCCAUUGAAUUCAAUAGGACUUUUGAGCAUAUAUGGUUAGGGUUGCACUGUAAUGUAUGAGCUAGCUGCAGUAAACCCUUUUUAGUACAGAAAUGUCUCUUAUGUUUGGAAAGGUUGUUAUAGGCUUAUUGGUUGUUUUGUUUUUAAAUGAUAACACAAUGUUUCCCUCUCAGCUACAUCAAGCUGGAUGUUGCCUUCAACUGUUUUCCACUGCAUUCAAAUUUAUUUUCUGUGAGCUGUUUAUAGGCCAGUCAGUAAGCAUUUAUGUGAUCCUUCUAACUACAUGAUCAUUGUAAUUGCAUUAAUAUUAACUUUUUUUCUUAAAUAGGUGAAUCUGGAUUGGGGAAAUCAACACUAAUCAACUCGUUAUUCCUGACAGACCUGUAUUCUCCGGAGUAUCCAGGACCUUCACAUAGAAUUAAAAAGACUGUGCAGGUUUGCAUGGGAAAAAACAUAUUUUUAUUCUAAUACAGUGGUACCUCCGUUUUUGAACAUAAUCCAUUCUGGAAGACUGUUUGAGUUCUAAAAUGUUCGAAAACCGAAAACUCAGCUAGGCCUCAGGAUCUUGCAGUCAGCGGAAGCCGCGUGGCACGUUCGACUUCCAAGGCAUGUUUGGAAACUGAAGCAUUUUUACUUCCAGGUUUACGGCGUUCGAAAACCGAGGUACCACUGUAUAUAUUGGUCUGCAAAUGGAGGCUACUAGUAGCAUGUUGAUCUCUCGCAUAUAAAUGAAAAUGUACAUGCAUAUAUAUUACUGCAAUUGCAUCUUAGCUGUGAAGUAAUUGUUCAGCAUAUCUGAAGAGUACCUUCUGAUAACAUUAAUCAAUCAUUUGUGAUUACUGAUGGCUUAGACUGCAAUCCUAAUGCUGCUUAUCUUUGAGUAACACCCAUUGAAUUCAGUAGGACUGUCUUCUGAAUAGAUGUUGCCAGAAUUGUGUUGUUAGCUGAUAGGAAAUUGAGGUUUUAAAAUGUCUUCAAUUUUCAUUUCUUUAAUGUAAUCUGUAUACCACAUAAGUGGUUUACAAUUAAUAUAAAAUUUACAUUAAAAUUGGCAAUAAAAAUGACAGUUUGGGGGUUCACAGUUUGGGGGACAUCACACAGAAGACGAUUGUCUCCUGCAGAUUGUAAUACCCUUAUUGGCUCAAGGGAAGGAGGUACUUCUGCAGAUAUUUGGAAAAUUCUGUUUACUUUUGAACACUUGACAGUUAUUCUAUUAACUAUCCAUUCUAUUUAGUCUUUCCUCAUUUGCAUUACCCUUGAUGCUGCUAUGAAAUAUUUUAUAAUAUUUUAUAAUAAGGAAAUGGGGAUGGGGGAGAAUGUGGGGUGCAACAUAUUGUUAUGUGUAUUUGAAAAAGCUGGUAAGUCUAAUCAUUAGAAAGGCUGUAUGUUGAUCAUGCUUGCUUUUGAAAGAAAACAAGUCCCGAUUCUUUCUGUUGCUGCUUCAUUAAUUCCCAGGCAAUAAGUAGACAUUAAAUUUAAGAAGAGAAACAUUUUGAAGUACAUUUGAAACUGCAUGAAGUAUUUUUUUAAGCUGAUGCAACUUACAUAAAAAAAUAAGCCUUUAUUCUUCUCUGUAAAUUGGUUUUUGCUUUCCUCUGGGUUUUAAGACUAUUCAAAUUCCUGGAUGUGUUUAGAACUGACUUCAUAGCAGGGAACUGAACAUGAACCUAAUCAUAUCCUGUGAAAAAGACAUUUGAAACUUAUUUUUGAAAGCAGGGGGGGCGGGGCGGGGGAGGGUCACCAGAGAACGUGUCAUCCUUUAGGAAAUGGGUGAUCAAGCAAGAGAGCUUUAAUAUUCCACAGUCUGGCAUAAUAUUGUUAACAUGAACUUGAUCUGUGUGACCUGCUUAAGUGCGGUGCAUGGGAAAAUAGCCAUUUGGAAUGGAAUUGCUAAGGAAAGUUUUACAUUCCAGGAUUGGAGCUAAUUUAUUUUCCCUGAACCCUUUGAGAAUACUUCUAAAACUAGAUAGGAUUCAUUCGAGCUCUUAAAAGAGAUUGACACUAGUUUACAGCUGUUUUCUGGAUUCUUUCCAGUUGAGGCUGUUUUCUGAGAAUUUGACCAUGUAUGGAUACACACAUUCCUUAAAAUUAGUAAAGAAAAAAAACAAACUUACUAUGAGGAAUGAAAUGGUGAUGAACUCCAGUUUGAACAUUAAAUUGGAUAUUGUGUUUAGGAUAAUGACUAAUAUUUCAGGAGCUCAAUUUCUAAUUUUGAAAUCAUCUAAUUGAUCUUAUAGAAAUGAAUAGAGAAAUCUCAGUAAAUUCUGUAGGAGGGGAGUUGGGCUUCGCCUAUUGACAAGCUUUCCUUCCAGUCCAGGGCUAAAACAGGGUGAGGAGCUUCUUGAGACAGCUCUUGCUUUCCAGCUCAUGGGCAGAAAACUUCACACUCUCCAGUCACUUGAGGGGAGAUAUGGUGAAGUCUUAAAACCAUUAUUCUCCCCCCCCCCCCACACACACUGACUUUACUCUUUUGUUAGUUCUUUAAAGAGAAGAUUUGAAAGGGCUUGGUCAAUUUGUUUGGAUGCCUUCCCAAUGAAUCAGUUUCAUCCUUCAUAUUGUAAUUUUUAAAAUAAGAAAAUGUGUACUUCCUGUGCUUUAUCUUAGUGUUUCAUCCCCUUUCUCCAGUCAUAGCUGUGUUCUGUUAUCUGUGCCUUAGUGGCUUCUUCUUUUGGGUGUGUGUGUAUUGUGUAAUUCUUGUGUGAGUACACCAAGCAUUGCACACACGCACAGAGCCAGUGCAGCAACACACAUUACGCAGCACAUAGAACGAGGCAUCUUCGUAGCAGCCGUGGUGGCAACAGAGGUGCUGACAGUAACAGAAGCAUGAGUGGUCGGACUGGUUCACGCAUGGUCAGGCUAAUCUGUUCUGCUCAUGGUGGUGGGAGGAGGAAGCAUGUUCCAACUGUUGGGAAGCUAUUUGAAGAGACAAUAGGCACUGUCAGGGUUCUUUCCUUUUGGGAGAAGAGGGGAGCAGGGAGCUCAGCCUGCUGCUGGAUGUUGACAUCCCUAAGAGAGGAUGUAUCUGAUACCCUCAGUGUGAAGAGCAGGAGGUUCUCUUAGGCUACUGUCCCCUAAGUAGCCGAGCACUGCAGCCUGUUAGAAGUAGUAGCAGGCACACCCUCUACCAGUGUCAUCAGACACCAGCUCUGGUGCCUCCACUCCUCCUCUAGUUACCCCCAGAAUGCUGUCUGUCUCUGCCAUGAGCAAGACUGAUUGGUGCUUCUUUUCUUAAGUACAGGAGCAGGCUGCUGGCAAUGUAACUUGCUGCAUCUUCACUGACUCCUGAGCAAAUAACCCAACUUAAGAGUAAAAACAGCAGUGCUGCAUUUGGGCAACUUGAGGGACCUAUUUUUAAAUUUAAAAUGUUAAAAAUGAACAUUUGCACCUGUAUAAAUGUAAUACACCCAGGAAAGCAAGCAUUCCCCCCCCCUUUCAUUCCACUCUUUAUAUUUUACAGCAAAACACAACUAAACCAGUUAGGCAAUCUUUGUUAGGCAACAAAGAUGCUCUGAAGAUGUGCAAUUUCACAUUCCUUCCUUGGGCCAGUCACCUGAACCUAUCUCACAUGUCCAUUGUGAAGAUAUGCAGCCAUUUUAUACCUCCUUCCAUAAGGGGACUUUGAGCUCAGAAUCGAGGCCCCCUGCUGGCUGUGGGCCCAGAACAUUUUUACACUGUCCAUUCCUCUCGGUAGCCAUGAUUGGUCCAUACGGUUUCAAGCAUACCUUCACAAAACAUAUCUUCCUCCCUUUUUAAAAUAAAAAUUGGGAAUCUCAAGAAAAUGGAUCUUAGGCAGUUCCACAAACUGAAUUUGCUCUCCCUCCCUCUGUCUGUAUUUUUUAACUCAGCAGGAGCUCCAUAAAAAUGCUUUCCAGUUAACAGAAAUAAAAACAAACUCUGAGCUUUAAUAUUUAUUUAGAAUAAGUUAAUAGGAAUGUAGUGUACUUGGAAGGUGGUGCUCCUUCAUCAGUUUUUUACUUAAAAGAAGUACCAUUUUCAUAUGUUUAAAAUAUGAUUUUUUCAUAUAUCUAUUUUUUAAUUCUUUUUUAAUUUUCAGGUUGAACAGUCUAAAGUUCUAAUUAAGGAAGGUGGCGUUCAGCUGCUACUAACAAUAGUUGACACGCCUGGAUUUGGUGAUGCUGUGGAUAAUAGCAAUUGGUAAGCCUGUUCUAAUAUUAAGAGUGGUGGCUAUUAAUUUAGAACACCAAUAAUUUCAUUACAAGUGGUUAGGAACACGCCCUUGGUUACUUUAACUAUUCUUCUUUAAAUACUAUCAUAAACAGUAAACUCUCACUCUGCUGCCAUAUGUUGUGCAUCAGGACUAGUAACUGCAGAUAGCUAACUUUAAUUAUUUUUUAUGAAUUACCCCACAGCCUUGUCAAUAACCUGAAGGCAGAUGUGCUCAUUUGCACCACUGGCUUCUAGUUGCAGCCACCUCUUCUCCUACCUGGCUCUCUUGCCACAGCUGGUUGCUUUUCUUCUAUUGCAGCAGCUGGCCCUAUAUUUGUAGCCAGAGAAAUACUGUGCAAGCUCUCCCUCCUGACUUUUAAAGGGCCACUCUUUAAAGCAAGGUGGGAGCCUGUGCCCAAUAGCGUUGUACUCCCAACUCCCCUCAAGCCCAAUUAGAAUGGCUAAUGGUUGGGAAUGUUGAGGCUUCCAAUCUAACAACACCUGUAGGACCAUAGGUUUCCCCCAGCCCUACCUUAAAGCCUGAGUCUGGUGGAAAUGAGAGAAAAUGGUCUUCUGCUGCUGUAAGAACCGCUCUGCAUUCUAGCAGUAGCAACUGUAAAGGAGAGGGGAAAGACAACACAUGAGAUGGUGGCAGAAGGAGAAAACAUAGAAUAUAGAGGGCGCAGGGAGUACACCUUUCCUUAGGCACUUAGGCUGCAGUUCUAAUUCUACUUGGGAGUAAGCCUAAUUAAUUUCAGUAGGACUUCUGCUCUACAUGUGGUUGGAGUCGUGAAGUUAGUCAUUUACAUUGGAGUAAACUGUAGCAAGUUGCUACAGUUGAUUCGCAACUUAAGCACAUUUAACUUGUAUGCAUUUUGCUUUACGCACAUGGCCAUUUAAAAAAAAAAGAAGGUAAGAAAUGGGUCAGGUGCCCAAGGAAAAGAACUUUGGCAAUCCUAAGCACCAUUGCACUUACCUUGGGAGAGCAUUUGGAGGUGCAGAGAGAGGGAGUGUUUUGAAUAAACGUUAUUUUGGCUUUUUGCACUAUCCCUGGAAUGCUACCCUGCAUAACUUGAGAGUUGCCUGUGGUAAACCACCCAACUGGAAAAUCAUAUGGCUGUUAUAAUAACACUUCCUAUUUACUGAAAAUAAGUACAAACCAGGUGAAUGCAAACACCUUAAUGUGAAGUACAGUGGUACCUCAGGUUACAUACGCUUCAGGUUACAUACACUUCAGGUUACAUACACUUCAGGUUACAGACUCCGCUAACCCAGAAAUAUUACCUUAGGUUAAGAACUUUGCUUCAGGGUGAGAACAGGAAUCUUAAGAAUAAUUUUUUCAUUAACCGACCAAUCACAUCAAAUCAAACCAAAUUACAUAAAUUCCAAAUUACACAGCCGAAUUUUAAAUUUUUGUUGGAGGUACCCAUAUUUCAAGUUCCGAAGGGAUCCAAUCAACUUCUUGCUUCUUACUGCUGUUUUAAUGUCCACAAAUCUAACCUUAUGAUGUUCACAGUACUAUCCAGUCCUUUCUUAUUAUUUUUCCACAUCUCUUGUUGUUGUUUUCAUAUAUUUUUCCUUUCUCUUUGUGACCUCUGAUAGUCUCCGCAAGCUGGUUAGAACAGUUUGUAAUCCUGCGUGGAUAUUAAUUUUUUUAUCCAGUAGCCAUAUCCAGACGUUUCCCAUAUAACAUCACUUCCAUACAUCAAAACAGUCUUAGCGUUAUUAAUCUUCACCAAUCUGCCUCCUUUCUCAAAACCUCUGAGGAGAUUCACUAGGAAUGCAGUCUGAAAACAAAUCCGUUCUUCCUCCCGGCUGUAAAUCCUUUGGCAAGAUGGCGACUCCGAAUUAAUUGCUGCGCCAUUCCCAAAAGCUCUUAUUGCUUCUCGGUCUCCAUAAAGCAUACUUUUGGUUAAAGUUUAUCUCCACACAGACCUUAAUCAACCUGCUUGGGUCAGUUCAACCGAUGGUUCUAAUGAGGAGGGGUUCUUGUAAAUCACAUAGAAGGAAAGUAAAAAAGCUUUCCCCCCCAUUCAGCCCCGUUGUCAACAUACCCCGCCUUUGAUGUAUCUUCAUCGUAAAAUAUUCCUGUUUCUCCAGCCCGUCGUCUUCUUUCGCAGAGGUCACUUAAAUUAGCAGACUUCACUCCCCUUCUUCACUUGAAAUAUGUGCAUUUGCUUCUUUUGUAAUUAAUUAUUCCAAAUUGCUGCAACUAGUGCGCGAUCAGAGAUAGCGUCCAGGAGAGCCGAUGUUCACACGGGGGCAUUCUGCCUAGGGCCCUCACCCCCUUCUUUCGAAUUAGGGGGUGAUUUAUGGGCACAGCAGGCAAGGGCAGUGUUCCCCAUUUCCUUGGGGCGACAAGGGAGGCUGCCUACUCCUAUAACAGCCUCUUAAUUACCCUGUGUGGGUCGGAGAGAUGGUAUUGUCGGCCAUCUUCCAAUGCGCCCCCUAGUGGCCCCCCAGGAUGAGAACAGAAAUCAUGCAGCAGCGGCACAGCGGCAGCAGGAGGCCCCAUUAGCUAAAGUGGUGCUUCAGGUUAAGAACAGUUUCAGGUUAAGAACAGACCUCCAGAACGAAUUAAGUUCUUAACCCGAGGUACCACUGUAUUAAAAUUAAAAGAAUCAGUUAUAUGUUUGUGAUCAGUAUAUCAGUAUAUCAACAGGUUAAUUAAUAUACAGGUUAGUUAAUAUUAAGCCAAACAAUUUGCUGUGAUGCUAUUGAUGUUAUAAGUCAAUGAUGGUUCUUAAAAAUGUGUAUUUGCAUAUUCUAGCUGGCAGCCGGUUAUCGACUACAUUGACAGCAAGUUUGAAGACUAUCUUAAUGCAGAAUCACGUGUGAACAGACGUCAGAUGCCAGACAACAGGGUGCAGUGUUGUUUAUACUUCAUUGCUCCAUCAGGACACGGGUCAGUAGGAAAUGUAGCUUGGGAUGUGUUUUUCAGUCAUUCCGUAUCAGCCUCUAUGUUAAUGAUCUGGCUAGAUUGCUUGGGAAACUGGAUGCAUGCCUACCUGCCGUAGGAAAUAGAAAGGCCAGGAUUAUCCUGUAUGCAGAUGAUAUGGUUAUAUUAUCUCAGAAAAAGCAGAUUGAUGUGCUAGCUAACAUCUGGAACAACUUGGCAUUAAUUUUACCAAAAUUAAAGCCAUUGAAUUUGUUAGGGGUUCUCUCAUGUUUAACUUGGCGAUUUCUAAUAUCCCAUUCAACAGUCUACAUUGUUUUGUUAUUUAGGGGUCCUUUUUACAGCAUCAUUGGCAUGCUAUUAUCUUUAAAGCAAGACAUCUUAUAGGAGCCAUCCUUAUGCCUUCCAGAUGAUGUUAAACUCCUACACCCAUUAGAUGGGAGUUGUAGUCCAACAACAUCUGGAAGGCACCAGGCUUGCUAUAAGGGUUGCAUUAAUUUUUUCAGCACAGAUGUAAUGGUUGUUCAAGGGGCCAUCCGAAUAGCACUAGGUUCAGCUUUCCUUGUCUGUCUUGGUAUUGUUAACCCCAAAUGCUCAAAUCACUGUAGUUUUUAAUUUCAACACUUAACAGCUUAAAGUAAUAGCUUCUGAUACAAAAUCUAAAAUAUACUAUGAUCCUGGAUAAAGUUGCUGGCCUGGAGCUGACCUAGGUCACUGGUUCUUGAACACAUUCCUAAGCCAUAGUGCCUGCCAGCCUUCGUUUCUCAGCUCCAUGUGGAUUCAGCUUCAUUCAGUUUCUUUCAUCCAGUCCCCAUACUAGGUAGAGCCAGAUACAGGGACAGUGAGGCUUGUAGCAUCAGCCUCAAAAAGGCAAGAGCUGGAUGAUAGAAGGCAAGUGGCUCACUGAAAGCUACCUUUUUUGAAGCCUAUUAAUUUUUAUUUAAUAGAUGCUUACUAAAAAAGGUUACUAAAUAAUGGCUUAAUCAACUGCAUAAUGUAAAUGUCUAAAAUUAAUCUGCUUUCUUAACCUAAUGCUGAUGAUGUGGUUAGAGUUAAUAAAGAAAAUUACUUACUUGUUUUGCCAUUUUUAUAGACUGUUUUGGUUCAUCUUUGAAUUAUGUUGUAUUAUUUCUCCAGUUAAAUGGGAACUUCCCUUCUGAAUAGUACACACCUCCUUAGAAAUUUCCAUCAGUCUCAGAAUUUGAACAAGCUUUGCUUCCUUUAUCCAAAUUGACUUGAUGGGGACGGUGUCAGUUUUCCUGACCUUACUACUGGGAUUGUGAUUUGUCUUCAGUCCCAUGUUAGUACUUAAUCAGUUGGGUGACACAGGAAACAUCCAAGUCAGAAAUGUAGUAUCAGUAUUAUACAAUGCUCUAUAUUCAAAGCUAGUUUUCAGUGUUAAACUCUGAUAAGUUUGCAGGUGUAAUGUUUGAAAAAAUGCUUGGCUUAUUCCUCUGUGACACAUAUUAUUGCAGCUAUUAAAUAGGAAAAUGAAAUUCUGAUAAUUCAUUACUUUUGUUGUGUGCAUUUGAUUAUACAAAAUUUUGCAGUGUAGGUGUUCAGAAGGGACUUUCUUAGCUGACAGCCAUAUUUUGUUGAAUCACAAUACUCUUUUUUAAAGACUCAAGCCUUUGGAUAUCGAGUUUAUGAAGCGCCUGCAUGAAAAAGUGAAUAUCAUUCCACUUAUUGCCAAAGCAGACACGCUUACACCUGAAGAAUGUCAGCAGUUUAAAAAACAGGUGAAUAGAAACUUUUACUAUGAGAAAACGGAACUAAUAUUAAAUAGGGGUGGGUGGGUGUACAUACUAUGUUUCACAGUGUAAUUUAAAAAUUUAAUCCCCAAAGUGAUGUCUAGCAUCUCAGCAAGAUAUGUAUUUUGGAAGUGGUAAGCUAAUUUUUCCUCCGAAGCAAAAAAACAUGAAUACAGCUCCUGACAAGGGAAAUGUGUUCACUGAUCUGAACAAUGAAAAUGAUAGUUCUUUCCAUUUUUGUUAAAAGUAAAUGUCCUUAAUUACCAGGUAGAAUAAAUAUGACAUUCUCAAUCUAAAACUUGUUUGGUUUUUUGCCAGGCUUGUGCAGGGUUUUAGGGAUUUGUCAGUAUGUUUUUUGUUUUUGUUACACAGUAAUACUUAAUCACUGCUGUAAAGUUUACAUUUAAAAGGUAGUGGUGCACUUGGAAUGUAAUUGUGGUUUGAAAAUGAUACAUUGCACUUACUUGUGGUUUCUGUAUGCCAGAUUGUAACUACCUGUAAGGCAGGUUGGAGACCUUAAGCAUAGUUAAGUCAAAUCUUCUUCACUGACAGAAAACAUAAUUCUCUCCGCCCUCAAAUCCAGCUUGCAACAUAUUUCAAGCCCUAAGGAGAAUACAGCAAGGGUGCCUGCUGUAAAACCAAAAGUAAUGCAUCUCUCAAGAGAUGGCCGGGUAUUCAUAAUGUACGGCAAAUAUUUGUUGAAUACUGUUCCGACUGUGGCAGGAAUCCACCCAAUGCUCAUGGGAAAUUGUAGCAUGAUAUUUUAGAGUAAUCAAGUGAAACUUUAUUACAUGGCAUGGCAAAAGCCUGUAAUUGUAUUGGGACCAGUUGUUUGUUGUUGUAGCAGUUGUGUUCUCAAAAUGUUUCUUCUGUACCAUGAAAAAUAAAUAAAAAGAUUCUAAAAAGAAUAAAAACAAGAAGGCAGCGUGCAGAAAUAUGGUAUGGUGGCUUACUACCGUAGAGUGAGAGCAUAUUUCAGCUCUUGUAGAAAGCUUCCAAAUCCUAUGAAAUGCAUUUGGCUAACAUAGAUAAUAAACAAUUCACAAGGGAUGUGGGGGGCGCUGUGGGUUAAACCACAGAACCUAGGGCUUGCCGAUCGGAAGGUCGGCGGUUCGAAUCCCCGCAACGGGGUGAGCUCCCGUUGCUUGGUCCCUGCUCCUGCCAACCUAGCAGUUCUAAAGCACAUCAAAGUGCAAGUAGAUAAAUAGGUACUGCUUCAGCGGGAAGGUAAACGGUGUUUCCAUGUGCUGCUCUGGUUCGCCAGAAGCGGCUUAGUCAUGCUGGCCACAUGACCCAGAAGCUGUACGCCGGCUCUCUCGGCCAGUAAAGUGAGAUGAGCGCCUCAAUCCCAGAGUUAUCCGCGACUGGACCUAACGGUCAGGGGUCCCUUUACCUUUACCUAGAGAGCUUCCAAAUCCUAUGAAAUGCAUUUGACUAACAUAGAUAAUAAACAAUUCACAACUGCAAGUGGGACUUGCAGUUCAGUCAUAUUGGGACAGGAGCCAUGUAAAGCUGUUCAGGCCUUUGGAAGAAGGGCAGAGUUUCAGGCAAGUGUAAUGAGACCCCCCCCCCCAAACAUUCCUCUGCUGUGCUAUAUAGUGCUAGAAGACUUUGGUUUGCUGCUGGCAUCCAGCCCUGAAGCUGAGCAUUCUAUUACCAUAGAGUGUCCUUUCUCUUUUGACUUCAUCUUUGAAAUAUCCUUGUAUUCUAAAUAUCCAAGCAUGCAUCUUCCAACACACUUCACCUCUCCUCACCCCCCCCCCCAGAUGCUAACUUUAAACUGUUAGGGGCUUGCCUAGGCCAGUUACCCCCUGCCCUGCCCUGCCCUGCCCUCCCUUUAUUUUUAUUUCCGCAACCAGCACCAUAACACUCCAUGUCUCAUGUGUCUCCAUGCCUCAUGCCUCUUGAGCUCAAAUACAGGUGCAUUCAAUGAAUGUGUGCAGUAUACCCAACUUACAAUUAGGAAAUAAAAACAAUGGAGAAAUUCAAGGAUUCUGGCAUAACUGUAGUAGACAGAAACAUGUCCUUCUCAUCCCUGCAAAGCUAAUACCACAGACAGGAGUUCCUAUAUUUGGUGUUCAGUGUGAAUUAGCAAGUUUGAUUUUCAGAAAAUUGGAUGAAUUAUUUUUAUUAUUUCUGACAGGUUAAUUUGCCACAUACAUUUCAUAUAUCCAGGAACCUCACAGGUCCUUUGUCAGGCAGGUUGUUUUGUUUAUUUUAUUUUGAAGUAACUUGCAGAUCUAUGUAUGCUUCAUAAGCAUGCCAAAAACAUUGCUUCUGUUCUCUAUUAAUAUUUUUUUUCAGAUAAUGAAAGAAAUUCAAGAGCACAAAAUUAAAAUAUACGAAUUCCCAGAGACAGAUGAUGAAGAAGAAAAUAAGUUGGUUAAAAAGAUAAAGGUACAAAAAUUUAGAAAUUGGUAUAACAUCUCAUCCUGAGCUUUAUACUUUGAACACAGAAUGCUCUAUAGAUGGACUUUCUUCUUUGCUUUGGUAGAAAGAGCUGUUCUGUGCUUGCAGAGCUCCCUACUCUAUUGAAGGCACUGGGGGAACCCUUGCAUGCAACCCCCCCCCAAGUGCCUAAACAUACCAGACAUGGCUUUGUAGGGAAGUAUGUUUUUGCUUCAAUUAAUAGAUAAUCUGCAGUUUGUCGUUGGCCCAAACCUGGACAAACUGGCUAAUUUCAACUAUUGUUAGUCAUUUUCUGGGCUUCUAUCAGCACUUGGAAAUCUUAAUGUGUUUCUCAGAAGGGUUCUAACAUCUCACUUUUUCUCUUCCUCGUUUAUUUUACAACCUUGUUCUCCUUUUGUUUGCUGGUUCUGAAGGGGUGUGCACUUGUGGUUUACCUAGGGCAGUUGUGGUAAAUUUUUUCAGUCUUUCUGUUGUGUGAUACAGGGGGAAUGCCUCGUGGGGGCUAUUCUAAUGUGAAGAGGCGUAGCUCAAUGGUAUAGCAUCUGUCUGAAAUCCUGAAAAGGCACUUCCAGCCAGUGAAAAAAAAUACUAAGCUGGAUGGUUUGACUUGGUAGAAUUGCAAAAGCAUAGUAACGGGGAAUGUAUCUCAGAUAGAAACGUAGGGAAAGAUUUCUGCUUGAGACAUUGCAAAGAUGAUGCCACUUGGAAAAUACUAGGGUCAAUGGAACAAUGGUCAUCUAUUUUCUGUUUGGUUUUUAGCAAAUGGAGGCAACUAAACCCGACCCCUUUGCAUGAAAAACAUGUGCUCUACCAUUGAGCUAUGGCCUUUCCCAUAUAAUGUUUCAAAAGUCCCUUUUGUUUAUAUCCAACUGGGAUAUUUCGUGUAUUCAGAGGAGUAAAACUAUGUACUUACACCCCCAAAAUAUACUCUUUCUGUCCUCCAGGACCGUUUACCUCUUGCUGUAGUAGGUAGCAAUACUAUCAUUGAAGUCAACGGCAAGAGGGUUAGAGGAAGGCAAUAUCCUUGGGGUGUUGCAGAAGGUAAGUGCACAAAAGGCCAUGUGUGAACUUCCCUGUAAUCCCAAAAAACAUUAAUAGGGUUGUGAUUUGAUUAUAUUCUGCUUUUCCAAUAGUACACUCAAGGCAGCCAACAAUAUAACGUUAUUACAGUAGCUUUUGUGGUUUUUUAUUUGAACACAUGAUACAUAUAGUGACAUUGUAAUAGUGCAACAUCAAAUAGCUAGAAUGGCUUCCCUUUCUGCUUUUUUCCCUUAAAAAUUAGUAGCAACGAUGGUAAAUAGAGGGUUGGCUUCCAUAGUGUCCCUUCACCCCAUCUGCUACUGGCAGAUGUCUGUUUCCUGUAUUUAAAAAAUGUGACAUUUUCCCCCUACAGUUGAAAAUGGUGAACACUGUGACUUCACAAUUCUAAGAAAUAUGUUGAUAAGGUAAGCAAGUAAUGUGCAGCGCUGGUUUUGGGAAUAGUUUUCCUUCCUUCCUUCCUCCUUCCUUCCUUCCUUGUUCUGUUGUGGUUCUUCCAUCUAUUGGGAGGCCUUCCACAUUGCUGGACCACAUUGGAAGACUAGCUAAGUAGGCCCAUUCCUUUCGUGAAUUCUGUGGAAAAGAAACUGGUAUAUUGUAAUACUUUCUCUUUUUAACCGAAGGUCAUCUGAAUAAAUGAUGAACUUUUAAAAUAAAAAAAUAUAUGCAUGUACUCAGUGGCCACUUUUAGUGUGUAUAGUAGGAUUUUUUCUGGUCAGGAAAAAAUAUUAAAAACUUAAUAUUUCCUGAUAUAGCUUUGACUAUAUUUGGCUAAAUUUUCAUAACAAAGCAAGCAAAGGAAAAUCUAUUUUUUAAUUUGUGAAAGUCGGCUGUUGAAUAUACCUCUGGAUAUUUUGGAAUUGAUAUGUCAGUUGGUGGGAUGUGUAGGUGCUUUUUUGGAGACUAGAGUUUUAACAAGAAGGUGCAAGAUGCAGAAAUCACAGUCUGAUCCUGAGUAUUCUUACAUAAAAGCAAGUUCCACUGAAUUAGAUAGGGAUUCAUUCAAUUUAAUGUGCGUUAGGAUCAAGCUAUAAAUUUGGGAAAUACUUGUACAUCAGACAUUUUUUGGGGUGGUGAUUAUGCUAAGAGGCAUAAUUUGGUUCCACAAAUCUAUUAAGUACAUAUGCAAAACAUUAAUGUAUCCUCCCUAUUGGGUAUAUUAUAUAUGUAUAGAAUUCUCUAAACAUGAAGUCGUUUGCAUAUUUCUUUAAGAACAAUAAAUCACUGUCUAAAGCACUUUUACAUUUUAAAGCCACAUGCCAAAUGUUUUGCUUAUUAAAAUUAAUGUUGUAUUUAUCAGCUAUUCUUUGGUAAAGGAAAGUUACUGAUAAGUUCUUCUUUUUCUUAAAUAGAACUCACAUGCAGGACCUGAAAGACGUCACUAAUAAUGUCCAUUAUGAGAACUACCGAAGCAGAAAAUUGGCGGCUGUUACGUACAAUGGAGUUGACAACAACAAAAACAAAGGGCAACUAACAAAGUAAGUGGUAGUAAAAGUGGUGAUAUGGUUUUUCCCACAAGUUCAUGGAAAAUUUGUUUUGGAUCACAUAUUUGGCCAUUCAGUCAAAUCCUUACAGGCUCAUACACCACCAAAGUAAUUGUUACAACUUACUUACUAUUAUUUAUUACAGUUGUUUGUUUAUAUCUCACAGUUUACAAGAAACAUUAACCUACCUUUUACCUUUAACUACAAGUGCCGUUUCCUGUAUGGAUCAUUCCAGCCAGUGAGAAAAAAGAGUGGGGCCUCCUGGGUCUUCAUAUGCCCAUUUGUGGCAAGCAGGGAGAGGAAUUUAUUUGUUGUCGUGCCCAUCCUAUGGAAUCACCUCCCCUCAGAUUAAAUCAGCACCACCAGUAGUGUGCUUCCAGCACUUGUUGAAAAAUUAUGUAUUUAGUUGGGCCUUUGGGGUGCAUUAAUCUGAUCUGCUGUGCUUCAGGUCGUUAAGGAUGCUGUAGAAUUUAUUACUCAAUGUAUUGAUUUUAAUUUAUUUAUUUUAUUAAAUUUAUAUACCGCCCUUCAUCCAAAUAUAUCGGGGCAGUUCACAAGAUAAAAAUACAGGAUAGGUAAAGGUACCCCUGACUGUUAGGUCCAGUUGCGGAUGACUCUGGGGUUGCAGCGCUUAUCUCGCUCUAUAGGCCGAGGGAGCCAGUGUUUGUCCGCAGACAGCUUCCGGGUCAUGUGGCCAGCAUGACUACGCUGCUUCUGGUGAGCUAGAGCAGUGCACAGAAACACCAUUUACCUUCCUGCCGGAGCGGUACCUAUUUAUCUACUUGCACUUUGGCGUGCUUUCGAACUGCUGGGUGGGCAGGAGCUGGGACCGAGCAAUGGGAGCUCACCCUGUCACAGGGAUUCGAACCGCCGACCUUCUGAUUGGCAAGCCCUAGGCUCUGUGGUUUAGACCACAGCAACACCCGCAGGAUAGAAGCACAAAAUAUAUUCGCUGGCAGUCAACGGUCAUAACAUUUUUAAAUAAUGGGUGGGCAGAAGUUUUUAGUUUUUGUAAUAUCAGCAGGAGUAGAAAGUUGUUCUUCUGUCAGCUGAGCUGGUGGAAACAUAUCUGAUGUUGUUUGGUCAGCUGAGCUGGUGCCUGAUUGUUGAGGGAGAAUUGUCAACAAAGUACAUUUUCUUCAUAGGAAACAUAAUAGUCUUUGGUCGCACCAUAGGUUCAAGUACGCUUGGCUGACAUUAAGCUUUUAGUGUAGCUUCCAGCCUGAAUUUGGCGGCUGAGGCAGUUUUAUUUGCCUGGUGGGCUCACAUCAGACAAUUAUGGGAAUGUUUGCAUGUCGAUUUUAUAUAAUUGAGCAGCUACAUUAUUCGAUAUAUGGGUACGUAGUACUGCCAUUAACUGACUUCCAAUCUAUACUGUAUUGCCAUCAGCAGGGUUCCAUCUGGUUCCCAUUCCUAUUCAUCAUCUGUAAGAAGAAUCUAUAUGUCCUUGCUAUUGCCUCACUUGCAAAUUAAAUUGUGUCCCCUUCUCUGGUAUAUAAACACAUUUUCAUGGUUAAAGUUUCUGAAAGGUAGAAGGAAUUUUAUAUUACCCAGUUCAUGGUGCAGAAGAGUACAAAUAGAAUGAAAUAUACUUAAAUUGAGCUCAAGGUGCACAGAAAGUAUUUAUGGACUUGUACUCUUUUGAUGGGGAAUAAUUGAAUAUGUAUUAUAUUCAUACAAUAAGAAGAAGAAGAAGAAGAAGAGUUUGGAUUUGAUAUCCCGCCUUUCACUCCCUUUAAGGAGUCUCAAAGCGGCUAACAUUCUCCUUUCCCUUCCUCCCCCACAACAAACACUCUGUGAGGUGAGUGGGGCUGAGAGACUUCAGAGAAGUGCGACUGGCCCAAGGUCACCCAGCAGCUGCAUGUGGAGGAGUGGAGACUCGAACCCGGUUCCCCAGAUUACAAGACUACCGCUCUUAACCACUACACCACAAUAAACAGCGUGUGCUUCAUAGAUUUAUUUUUGUAGGUUAUAUAUAUCUAUAUAACCCAGUAUAUUCCAAUUGGUGCAUUAAGUAAUUAAUGUAACACAGUUGUUUUACUGCAGAGACUAUUUCUAGUAACUAAACUUUCAACAGGGUAGUGGUUUUUCUAUCAUUCAGAUCUAAUACUUACAUUAAGAAGCUGCUGUCUGGAGAAAUAAAUAAUGCAAACUGAAGAUGAUGAGAGAUGCAAAAGUAAUUGCAGUUGUUACCUACUGACAGUCUCAAAGUUUGUCCCCCCAACCAUUAAGUUCAGUGAAUUUUUAUGUUUGCUCAAAAGUUAAUUUUGGCUUUGUCUCUGGCACAUGUCUGUCUUCUGUGCUCCCUCAAGUAGGUUUGCAGGAUAGACAGCUGAGGAGUUUUUCUUCUUGGAGCUGUCAAACAAAACAAGCCCAUGCAGUUUCUGCAUGCACAGUGUCAGGAAAGUGGGGAAAUUAAUUGAAGCUUCAUCACCGAAUGGGCUUCAUCCCUUGCUUUCUCUUCAUCCCACUUACUCAAAUUUAUUGCUUUCUGAAUCUUAUGAGGGCGCUAACUUCUCUUUUAGGAGUUAUUUUAAAGCAACAUUAGUCAAUUUUUGGAAGGUUAAUUGCUUUUCAGACAAAUUGUAUCUGACAGUUGGCUUCCGGAUUUUCAGUUUGAAGUCAUAGAUGGUACAACCCUCAUCACACAUUGUUGCUAACUUCUCUCACUGCAUAAUGGAUGUAUAUUUUUACUGCAAGAAAAUUGAUUUGUUCUUCAUAAUAUGCUCCCUCAUAUUAAUUUUUUUAAUGUUAGGCCAAUAGAAUACAAUUACAGCGAAUGCAGUGGGUUGGGGGGUUAAAUGCACGUCCAGGAUACUUGAGGGCACAGUUUCCUGAAUAAUCCCAAAUACAUAUUUUUUGAAACCAAGGGUUUAUUGUAAUUUCAUAACGUAGAAUGGCAUUAAUUAAAAAUAUAAGGAAAAUGGAAUGAAUAAAAAACAAGUAAAAUUACAUGAAAGUAUAAUACCAUAAGGAACAUAUUAGUUCACAGUAAAAAAAAUAAAUCAUAUUCUCAGGUCUUGUUUCAUACAUACAAGUCACAAGUAUGUUUUUUUUUAAUCAGUUUAUACAAUUCUGAAAUUGCAGUGGCUUCUUCAUCAAUAAAGAUGACUGGUAAGACCAUUAAAGGGUCUGGCAUUAGUCCUGUGCCCAAAUACCUACUCAAACAUUUUUGAGAGUUAACAUUUCUGUGCCAUUCAGAAGUUGGGAGUCAGACUCUCAAGUAUAUUUUGGUCUGCAGUAUAUUUUUUGAAACAUAAAUCAUAGUGUAAAUUACACAUGUGCACAAUCUGUGCUGCUUCACUAUGAACAAACUCUAAUAGUAUUUCACAUUUCUCCCAUGAAGUUGGAACCUCCCAAGCAUGUUGGCAUUGUUCUUGUUUUUAGAUCAUACUUAAAUUGGUUUGAAAAGUGAAAGUUUCUGAAGUCCAUCUGGCUUCAUUGGAGGAGGAUGCGACGCUGAGGCUUUCAGCAGCUCAUUCUCACAAUGCUAAAGCAUUGUUUACACAGAGAUGGGGAACACAUAGCCCUCCAGAUGUUGCUGGAAUCUCAAGUAGGAAGAUGCACAGGGAGAGUCAUCCCUGUGCUCUGCUCUAUAUUUCGUUGCAGAGCUCAGGAAAAUGACUUCAUAUUCUGGACCAGGAAGCCUAUACAGUGGUGCCUCGCAAGACGAAAUUAAUUCGUUCCGUGAGUUUUGCUGUCUUGCGAUUUUUUUCGUCUUGCGAAGCACGGUGUCGGGAAAGUUUUGGAAAAGCUUCAAAAAUCACCAAAGUCUUUAAAAACCUCAAAAAAGGCUACCACACCGCGUUCUAUGAGUUGCUCCUCGAAGUCAAGUUGCAACUGUAUUAACGGUGUUAAGAACAAGGAAACAAACUUGCAAGACGUUUCCGUCUUGCGAAGCAAGCCCAUAGGGAAAAUCAUCUUGCGAAGCAGCUCAAAAAACAAAAAACCCUUUCGUCUAGCGAGUUUUUUGUCUUGCGAGGCAUUCGUCUUGCGAGGUAUCACUGUACCAUGCUUUCUGCUUGAUCAGCAUCUUCACAUGUUAACAAGGUUGUAGUUGAAUAGUUCUCAGCUAUCUUAAAUAAUAAUUUCAGGGAAAUUGUCCCUUUUCUGGUGUGUUGCUUUUCCUUGCAUUGCUUUGAUCAGUAUACUAACGAAGCAAAGCGUUUGAUUUGACAGCAUGAGACCGCUUCCCAUGGUCCUUAAAAUGUUCAGAGCGCUUCAAAGGGAACAAUGGUUGCAUACAUUGUGAAAUUUCUGAAAAUAAUGUCAUAGUGGUGAUGCCGUAAAGCCCACACUGUUGGUUACAUUCUUUAGCUGUCUAGGCUGGGCUUCCAGUUCUGCUUUACAUCUCAAAGAAGUGUGAAUCAGGCCAGGUAACCAUGUUGUGCAUUUUGGGGGCCAGUUAAAAGUGCUGGUUUUAGUGUUUAAAGCCUUUGGGUCUGAAUUAAUGGAAAGACUACCUAUACCCACACCAACCUGCCCACACAGGACAAUCAGGGGCAGAGGUUUUUUCCUUGUUUGCCUACCACCAAAAUCAGCCAAGUUGUCAGGCAUGGUGUUCCCACACUACAGAUCUUCAUAAAGUCCUGGCAAACCACUUUUUCACAGUGCUUUACUCAUGAGGUAUAUUCCAUCUUGCUACUGUUCUUCUUUUGGCUGCUGAAUCUGUUAAUACUGCUUUGGUUCUAAAUCAGUUGCUGAGUUGCAAGGACUUAUUAUUAUUAUUAUUAUUCUGUUUUUUAAAAUGUGGUUACAGUGAACAUUUUGGGUUUUAUUUUAUUUCUGUUGAAUUUCUAAUUGUGUGCAAGCCGCAUUUAGAGAGAGUUUGACACGUAAAGGCAGCCUAUAAAUAUCAGGUAUUAAAAGCUAGGAAGAACAAAUAUGUAAUCCUGCUAAGAUAACUACUUACAGUGAUGCAAUCUACUGAAUACUCUAUAUGCAGUCAGCAACUCAGUACAGUGGUACCUCUAGAUGCGAACGGGAUCCGUUCCGGGGCCCCGUUCACAUCUACAAGCAAACGUAACCCGUGUCUGUGGGUCACGUUUCUGUGCUUAUGCGCAUGCACGUGACAUCAUUUUGAGUGUCUGUGCAUGCGCAAGCGGCGAAACCCAGAAGUAACGCACUCCGUUACUUCCUGGUUGCCGCGCAGCGCAACUCGAACGCGCUCAUCCUGAAGCACAUUCAACCCGAGGUAUGACUGUAUAACUAAUGUUAAAGUUCAGCAAAAUGCAACUACUGUGUAGGUCAUUCCUCAUUUAAUUUCUGCACUCCCUUAAAGUCUAGCAGCUGUAGGGGACAUUAGACAGGAUCCACAAGCUUUCAUUUGCUUGGCUUUUGCUGCAACUUCAGAUGACUCUUCAGCGAGGGAAGGAGUCAUAUAUCAGAUACAGUGGUGCUGGCAAACUGUUUGCUGUUGUGUCUUGUAUCUUACGAUCACGAUGACUCUGUCCUUGUGCAUGUUGUGGAGAAUGGGAUCUCUCUUCUGAGGUAGCAGAUCAGGGUGGAGUUUUUUCAUAGCUCUACACGACUUGAAUCUCUUAACCAUUAAGAUUUAGAGAGCAGCAGUGAGCAUAUGAGACAUGAUUUGAGACACAUGCAGGUCCCGUUUUCUGAAUACAGUACAUUUUCAGGAGAUAAUUGGUUAGAUGAGCAUUUGCAUAUCAAGAUGAUGAUUUUAAUUAUUUCCUAUGGGAACAUUUCUAAUCCGUGAUUUGUGCCUUCCUGCUUACUUCCUGAAAUUGCUACAGACAAUUGGCAAAAGCCAAACAAAAGGAAAAACUGAUUUGUCCACUCUCCCUCUGCCAACCAGCAAAACACAAGCAAGUAAGGAAGUGGGACAACUCUUGACUGUUCAGCUACCUGAAUCAGCCAUUUGUGUAGCUAGGUUUGGGUAUAAUUAUUUGUGUUCAGGUAACUGAGAUUUCGGAUAACAAGCAUUCAGACAGCGGGACCUGCAUGUAUAAAUUCUUGAAAAUGCAUUUGAGCUUUUUUUAGUCAGUGUUGUGCCAAUGCAACAAAUAGUUCUCAUCCUGGUGUCAAAGUUAAAUUGCUAUAUAGCUUGCCAACUCCUCCUUGCACACACAUCUUGUUUUGUAUCUAGCUGUGAUGUACCUAGUAGUGUUGCAUCAGUGCAACAGCACCUACCUAAAACAGUCCUAUCUGGCUUCUGCAGCUGGGACAGGAAAUAGGAAAUACUUUUUAACUGAAGACUUCUUGGUUUGUUCAGUUGCAAGGGGCUUCAUUUUGUUAAGCCAAGAUAUGAUCAUACAAAUGGGGACAUGGUUUGAAUAGGUUAGAUGGUUUCUACCUUGUUCUGGUUGAGCUAUUUUUUUUGGGUGGGGGAAUCAAAAGAUUUUUUUCCUUUCAGAAAUUCCAGAGUAGCUAUGAUAUUAGAACUUAGAAGUAAUCUGUGAAAUAGUUUUGAAUGGUUUAUAAACCUGGAAGAAUCUUUGAAAUACAAGGCAGAGAGUGGAGUAACUCUUACAGUUGCCAUUUUAUCAUCUGAUCUUAAUUAUAGUAAAUAUUUUCCAGAGAAGCCUUUUGAGACCUCUGCUGGCGAGUUAAAUGGUGCUAUUGACCAUUUUGAAUAUGCAUACUAGCAGCAAUAGGCCUUGAGACAGUUGUGAAUUGGUGUUUAUUUUGAGAAGUUAAGCAAAUGUCACUAAAAUAUUUAAGUUUUCAUCUAAAGAGCAUGCAUUAUUCCUUGCACACAAAUACAGGUAAAAAGCUUUGCACAUCAGGUCUGCAUUAAUUGUGUAGAGCACUUGAACUAACAGACUAUUGAAAACAAAAAACUUAACUAGCUUUAACUAACAACCUGUCACUUUACAGUGGAAAUCUUGCUGCUGGAGAGCAUACAAACCAAAGUAGCUUCAAAUCCAUAAUGAAUUUGCUUUUUAAUUAUUGCUUUUUAUUUUUGUGGUUUUAUUUGAGCAUGCUAAGCUUCUGUAUUUUUUGUUUUUUAGAUUUGACACAGUUGAAGGCAUGUAAGUGGUCAUUUAAAUUUUUCAAAAGACUUAAGACAAGGAUUAAAACAAAAAAGGCUUUUAAUGUUGAGUGUAAUUUUCAAAACUUUUAUUUUCAGCGAUUGCAUUUGUUUUGCUUUUAAUGUUUUAUUAUAAAAUUCCCUAACAUACAGUUAAAUAUUUUUAGUGACAUCUACUGUGAGAGCACAUUUAUUCACAGAGAGAGCAGAAGACCAUUCUUAGCAGUUAAAUGGAUAUGAAAUCCUCAUAAUUUGCUUCUUUUCAGCACAGUGAUUGAUUGUAUAUGAAAUUAUCCUCAAGAACUUGUUAGCUUCAUUUCUUCCCUCUGAAGCUGCAGUUGGCCACCACAGCAUUUGAAAGUGCCAAAAUGAUCAAAUCAGAGUGCUGUUAAAGAAGGCAAAAAUGUAGAUAUAUCACAUCAGUAGCUUGCAGAGGCUCAGAUUUCAUUCUUUCCAGAUGUUGUGUUCCAGAGAGAAUAGUCAAAAUGGCAUGAAUGUCAGCUAGGCACAUGCACCCAUUCCCCUCACCAUUGAGAGGAAGUAGUGAUUGAUGAAUUGGGUGGUAUUGCAUCCUGUUUGAACAUGGCAUGCCCCUAGCUGUCUGCCUUUAACCCCUCUUUUUCCAGGGAACAGAUUGGCUCUGAGAGAUUCCAUGUUCAAGCAUGGCACAGCCUAGUUCAUUUCCAUCUUCCGUAGCAUUAAAGAACCAGAGACUCUCACCAGGUCAAGUGUCCUCUCUGGAACAUAACACUCAAAUAGGUGUUGUGUGUCUGUUUGAGUAGUUCUUGAGGUUUGCUCUCAUUUUUGAACUGGGGAGGGGGGAUUAUUCAUAUUUAAAUGCACUGGAAACAUCUAUAUUCAGUGUGUGCAUUUAAAAACAGCAUUUAUUUGGACAAAUACGUAAACAUGCAACCUUGCAAUAAAAUUCCAUUUAUCGAAAUCCUUUUUUGCUUUUAGUGAUGAUAAUAGGCAUCCUGACAAUAUUCCACGGAGAGGGCUUGUUUCUGUAUUAAAAUAAGUUAGCCAUAGUAGCUGCAUUGAAAAUAGAUUACACCAUGUAUUCUCUCUCUCCAUGUGCAAAUUCUUCACAGCAGGACUGGUUUUAAUUAGUUCUUUAAUUUUCUUGUCCCUUUCAUCAUUGGAUAAAAGUACAAAAUCUUUCAAAUAAACAUUGGGUGUGGCUUAACUUAUAUUACAGCAGAACCUCAGACAUGUGAACUCAUGGAGGCUGCUUCCAUGAAAUGAUCAUUUGCUUUUAGGUUCUCCUAACAUUGUCUUCCUUUCUAGCUUCUUUUUUAACUCUUAAGCUCAGUCCGCCAUUCAUCGUCCUUCGUUUGAAUUCACUUGCUGCUUCUUUCUAGCUCUUUGAAGUUGAUUCCUUAUACAGUACAGUGAUCCAUAUUGACCAGCUGAAGAAUUUAAGGACUCUUGCAGUAGAGUGGCCACUACAAAAUUGCUCAAGAAGACAUUCCCCAUCAGUUUCUUAGCGUCCAGGCUGAUGUGGAAUUACUGAGAAACCGGUGCUUCCUAUUACCACAUCCACAGCAAACAGAAGAAGCUGUCUCAUUGUGGCUGAUGAAUCUCUCCUGUCAUGCCUUAGCUGUUUUAAAUGGAAUCAUACUGUCUGGGGUUCCGCUGUAAUCUCCUUUGUAUAUAAUUCUAGGUGGUUGAGUGAAUGCUGGAUUUGAUUUUGUUGUUUGCUACUUGUCCACUUACACAGUUUGCCCCCCACAUUUUAUGUUGCAUGAAUGUCCUACCUAGUAAUGAUAAACACGUGUAUUUGGUGCACUUGGCCUGGUGGCCACAUCACUCUUUUCCUCCUCCUCUGAUAAUAUAGAUGUUACUAGAUCAUAGCAUGUUUUGAUUGGAACCUGGAGUGGAUUCAUUAGCAAGAGUAAGAAAUGAAAUGUGUUGAAUAUGGGUCAGUAACAUGCCACAGAUUUGUUUAUUAAACGUACGAUUAGAGUUAUGAGAAGGUCCUAGAGAGGCCUGAGUACACUUCAGCCCAUGUUCACAUAGUGUACUGCUUCUCCCGCAUUUCUGGCAGCAGCUGCCCCAGAACCCAAUUCUAGUGAAGCUUCUAUAACGUCGAAACGAAGUGUUUGGAAACCCUUUCAAAGUACCUCAUAGAGUAAUUUAUUUUACCUGGAGCCAAAGAAUUGUCCACCUGUGUUCAAAUAAACAAGAAUCACGUGCUCUUUCAUCACCACUUCUUACUUCUUUGUGAUGGUCCCCUUAAAGCUGCCCUAUCACAGUGCAGCAGUGACCAUAGAGUCCACCACUGGCACAAUUCCCUUAGAAAGGAACAAAAUGAGCAAAAAAGUGAUAUUUUUCCAAAGUUUGGGAUGGACAAUAUUCCAUUAGCUCUAAAUAAAGCAUAGGCAAACUCGACCCUCCAGAUGUUUUGGGACUACUAUUCCCAUCAUCCCUCACCACUGGUCCUGUUAGCUAGGGAUCAUGGGAGUUGUAGUCCCAAAACAUCCGGAGGGCCGUGUUUGCCUAUGCCUGCUCUAAAUGACCCAUUAACAAAUCCCAAGUAGUUUUCAAGAUGGAGCCUUUUAAUGUGAAAUGACUCUCAAAGGCAAAUUGUAAAAUAAAAAUGCUAUCUAAGUAUGUAACUUGAUCUCUUGAUCACUGUUAAAUCCUUUAAGACUAAGUCUUCUACUCAGGACCAGUGCGAGCCCCACUGAACUCUGUGAUAGGGGCAGAGGAAAAUAAUUUUAAGAGGCAUGAGAGUGUUGGGAAGGGGGAAUAUAGUGGGGGAAUGGAAGGAGGGGAAUCUGUUUGAAUAAUGUAUUCAGGAAAGAGGUGAGGGAAGGCCAACAGGUCCCUCUGCUAUGACACUAAGUGGGGAAAACAAGUGUGCAGGAUAGGCCUUGGGCACUCAGGAGAGCUGACUGGCGGUAGUGUGGGCUAUGGUGUUAUGAACCCCAUCUCUAAAAUGGAUAUGUAUUUUCUAAAAAGAAAAACCUUCUAUGUAUGUAAUUCCUUCAUCAUAUAAGGCAUAUCUUGUGUGAUAUGACCUGUAACUUGUGGCUUGGCUCACUUUCUUGUGGCUUCUGAAUGUAGGUGAUUUGCUGCUGCUUUUAUUGUAGUGCACAUAGUUAGAGCUUGGUCUGAGUUACGCUGCUGCCAUGUGGAUAGUAUUGUUUAGGAUUGUAAAUCCGUGAUUUGCAAACUGCAUGCCAGGAACCACCAGUUGCCCUUGAACCCCUUUCAGGUGCACCUCAGCUUUGCAGUCUGCCCAGUACCUUCUCAUUUCCCAACCCAGCCUGCCCCCAACUACAGUGCCAGCAGCUGCUGAUGGUGGUCCUGAUGUGCAUAAUUCACAGGCAUACAGGGAUGCAGCAGUCAGAAAUGAGGCUGUGAUGGGAAGGUUGAAGGGAUAAAGGAAUGAAGAAGCAGACAAGAAGAAAGGCACCUGGGGGCACUGCUGUGCCCUUUUCUCCUCUCUCCUUCCUUCCUUCCUUCCUUCCUUCCUUCCUUCCUUCACACACACACACACACACACACACACACACACACACACUUUUAUAUCCUAUGUCCCAAUGCUCCUUCCAAGCCAGGGAGCCUCUCCAAUUUGAAAGUGACAGCAGCUUUGCAUUGGAAAUUAGGCAACUGGUGUGUGUGGAUAGCCUUAUCUUGGCUCUUUUAAAAUCCGCAGCCAGACAAUGAGUGUGGUUCCAGGAAAAUAGUGAGCAUUCCAAAGAAGCAUUUAUGCACUUCAAAAUUCAAGCCAUGCAAAAAGUUAUAUGGUUAGCUGGUAUGAAAACAGCUAACAAUAUAUAUAAAAAAGUAAAGAACAUGGGCCAGCCUGCCCUCCCAGUUCUGAGGAUUUUCUGCCACUCUGUGUAGGCUUCUAAAUGACUCUAAGCAACAAAGCAUGUGUGCACAAACACAAAAAGUAAAUGCACCGUGGGUUUUCAGUGUUGUGUGCCAUGCAUGUAAAUUACAAAGUUCUUUUUAGUGGCAUGUGCAAUUCAUGUGUAUUAAAAUACACCCCAGCAGAAAUUCUGGACCCCCCAUAAAGAACAUUUCUAGAUGUAGCCCUGUUUCAACAUAACACACUUGAGUUAUUCCUACUUGAAAUAUAUUGUUGUCCAAGGUUAUCCAUUGUAUGUGCACCUGAUCUGUGGUGUUAAAUCUCACUACCUCUGUGUGGUUUUUUCCUUCUUCACAAAGUGCUAUUUCUAAGAAAUUGUACCAUUGCAGGUGAAGCACAGACCCCAGCCACGUGGUUUCAUCCUCUGUUAGACUGGAUGUUCACGCUAAUUUGUAAACUUGAAACAAAUGUGACAAGGAAGCACUUGAUCACUCUCAUUUAUUUGUUGGCACUACUUCACUUUCCGAAAGUAGCUUGCUUCCUGUCUCCAUGUGUGUCUAUUGGCUUUUCACUGAAUUUGUGUUUCCAAAUGAAAAUUGAAUAAGCGAGCAUCUGUUUCAUUUAUGGCAGGAGCCCCCUGGCACAAAUGGAGGAAGAGCGGAGAGAACAUGUGGCAAAGAUGAAGAAAAUGGAAAUGGAAAUGGAGCAAGUCUUUGAGAUGAAGGUCAAAGAAAAAGUUCAGAAACUGAAGGACUCUGAAGCAGAGGUACAUAUUGCUGUGGCAGCAUGUACUGGAUAAAGCAAACAUUAGAAUAUUUGAAUUACAGGACAAUAUUUAUUUAGCCCUGUGAGUCAAUAGAAAAUCAGCUGUAAGUGGAUUCCCGGGGAAAUUAGAUGAGCUCAAGUGGACAUAUAUGUGGGUGAUCAAUAAAUCCCUAGUCCUGUGUGCCCAACAACUGUAAAUGCACAUCAUGUCCUGUGACUUUUCACAUUGUGGAGUUCUUGGCCAUGAUUUUACCAUUAUGGCAAUAUUUUUAUUUUUACACUGAUAUAACUUGAGCUGAAUGCACCUUUUUAACUCGUGUUAUGUAUCAAAUAGUGAUCUUCCGUGAAGCCAAGAGAAACUCAGAUCCAUAACUUUCGAGAAUGUAGGAUUGUCGUGAUUGCUUAAACUGAGAUUAAAAAAAAUUCAUCCUAAAUUAAGAUCCAUUGUAAUAUCAUCUUGAAAAGCAACAGGCAGUACGUAGUGUAGAGUUCAGCCACAGUUUGACGCUUGGUCUUACCUACCACAGCAGCUUUUUCUUCCUGUUUGGAUAGAUAGGGAAAUUAUUCAGUAGGGAAACUUGAUUUAAAGGUCAGACUAGAUCACAAAGGAGAAGGGGUGAGAAUAAGACAGUGCUUUGUCCAAGGUCUGAACAUAAUAGCGUUUAACAUUAAAAUGCCUGUUAAAAAUAAAAUAAAUACAGGGCUGGAUCCAGAUUGUCAGUUGCAUUUGGGUCCUCCUAAAAUCAAAGUUGAAAUGUUAGUCAUUGCUCACCUUCCACUGAGUUCAGUGGUUAUUAAGUGCAAGUAAUGUGGUCUGGGUCCAACCCAAUGUGCUCAUUUAUUAUCUAUUUUUUACUUACAACAUCACUGAUCUCUUUUUCAUUUUCUGACGGACCCCUUGAACACAGAUGAGAAACCUUACCAUCUUUUGCAUUCUUGUUCCUUAGCUCCAGCGGCGUCAUGAGCAGAUGAAAAAGAACUUGGAGGCACAACACAAGGAAUUAGAGGAAAAACGCCGCCAGUUCGAGGACGAAAAGGCAAACUGGGAAGCUCAGCAACGUAUUUUGGAACAACAGAAUUCUUCGAGGUGCGUUGGAGUCGUAACUGCAGUCCUUUCUGAAAGAGUUCUGAUUUUAGGUCCUACCGCAGGAGUUCAUACCCUGUUCCUGCACAAUCCCUUUCAGCGAUAACACAUCCAAGUAAUGGCUUACCUGUGUAUAGUCCUGUGAGUUGCAUCCCAGUGGAGUCCCUCUGCUGUCGGAAGACACAUUGAUACAGCAGAGGCUGCAGUCAGUAGAAAAGAGAAGGAGGCUAUUUUCACCAGUUUGCCUUUCUCCUCGCAGCCAACCCCCACAUCCUAUGUUGUUUCUAAGGGCUCCUGAAACAGGGCAUCAUAUUGGCCAUAUCAGUAUCACCAGAAGCAGCCCCUUAGAAAUGUUUAAGCUGCUUGGUUGAAGGGGAAAAUUCCCCAUGACCCUUUCCCAUUUCUGUUCCACUUUCCGUUCUGUCCAUUCUAUGCCUGGAAUCACCAUUCCUCCUCUGUUGUCAAACCACUUCUUGCAAUUCCUUCCUUAGGACUGACAACCCUGCUCAUAACAGUACUUCCUAAACCACUCUCACCAGCUCAUUUUCUGCUUCUCCACCAUCUGGCUCUGUGCUAUCACGGGAAGCUCCCACUUCAGAUUUAACUACGUUAUCUCUGCUCAUUUUGGUAAAAUGCCAUAUUACACGCCUGUGACAUAUCAUAUUUGUCCUUGCUAUGAACUGCUCCACAUGUACAGUUAUCCUGGAAAAUGGCCAUGGUAAAUAUACUUCGCAGAUGUAUAUCUCGGCCUGGAAAAGAUGGAGAGUUCGGAGAGAAGAGGGAAAAGUAUUGCUCCUUCCUCAUUCCACUAGUUUUCCAGGCUAAGAUUGCUGCCCUCCCAGUAGAAAACAAGAGUGACUAGGAGGAAGAAAAAAUGUGAUGAGAUGAAAAGGAGAAGAAGAUGAACCUAGCUGGGGAAAGUGGGGGUAGGUUGAGGACAGGCAACCAGUUGGAGAGAAGGAAAGGAAUGGUUUGUGUAUUUCUCCUCUUUGCUCCUCUCUGGGUCAGUUGGCGCUCAGUUUCCCUCUUCUUUGAGGGCCUUUGCUUUGUCACCACCACCAUCAUCAUCAUUACUACUCCCCCAGUGGCACAAAACAUUUGCUAAAAGAAAGGAGGCAGAGCAGUCUAUCAUCACAUCUCUAGGCCUCCAAGGAGAUCAGACGUCUGCAGUGUAUUUCGACGACAAAAAACCAAAUAAGAGAUGUUUAGCCAGUAACUUGGUGAGCUCCUGAUCAUUCCCCAGUAAUAGAAAAUGUAUGACCUCCAACUCUGGUUUCCAUUUGGGGGUACAGAGUUGAUCUAGAAAUUGCUGACGGAGAUCAGCAUAUAGUUUACAAUUAAGAGCCAUAUGUGUAAGGGUUUCCACCAGGUGCUCUUCACAUGGACAAGUUCUUUCUCCUUCCACCCUGCCUGAGAACCUUCCCCAAAGGAGGUUUGAUGGAUUUGAAUUAAACCUGGCCAGCGAAAAUGCCCUUGUUGAAUUUCUGCUUUGUUACUCCCUCUUCCCUCUGCUUUUUGCUUCAUAUUCACUUAGGGACUGUGCCCUUGUGCUUUUCCUUUUCUCUGGGGUCUGCAGGUCCGUGUUUUGUUUGCGUGUUUCCUCCCUCUCAGUACCCAGAAACACACAAACACAAUAUAAAUGAGCGAGGGCCACUUUCAAUAAUACACCUUCAAUGGCAGCCAUAUUGUGACUGGCCAAGUCCCUGCAUGACAUUAAUUUUAUGUGAAUACCCACAGAAAGUUUGGGGACCCCUACGCUGUUUGCUUGAUGCGCUGAAGAAUGCGGUAAUUACAGUAAUGUGCUGCGCUUAAACAAGCAGAAGAUCACAUACGUAAACAUAUCUGAAUAAUUAUUUUUCCUUUUCUUCUUUUACAGAACUUUGGAAAAGAACAAGAAGAAAGGGAAGAUAUUUUAA